GAGAAUAUUAAUAAUAAUAUACACGACAAUAAAAAUAACAUCGCGUCAAUAAUAAUUAAUAAUAACUAUGUUUCGCCGUCGAUCGCCGCGACGACGUCAAUAAAAUUCAAUUCCAUCCGCUUUUGUGGGCCAUUUCGUCGUGUCGAUGUCCUUGCGCCGCUGCGCGCGCAUUACAUCGGUCACCGACGCGCCGCCGUGUUCAGGACUGUACGUCGGCAAAUUCCAUCAGCCGCCGCCGCUGACACCAACGACCAUUAUUGGCCAUUACACAUUGGACCCGGCCAACAAACCUACGGCAUGCUACUGCUGCGUGCAGCCUGCUGUUGGUCUCGUUAUCAUUCCCAUUAGUGGUUAUCACAGUGUCGCUGCGUUGUUGUAGUUGAGCCGCCACCGAAUUUUGAUUAGAGGUUAUGGACUUUUUUGUGCACUGUGAUUUUAACACUAAAAUAUUAUUAUGAAUAUAUUUAAAAAUUGUACGUUUUAGUAUUACUGUUCUUGUCGUUAAAUUUUUGUUUACGUAUUCCCAUACCGUAGUCACGAUGUCGACGUUUAGUUAACACUUCCGUUUUCUCGAGCUUAUGAUGUUAAAUCGUUCGAUUUAGUCCGUUAUUGUACUGUCGGCUAAGUGUGUUCAUCGACUAACGUCUGUUCGUUAAAUGUCGUUUUUUUGUAAUCGCUGUCACAAACGAUAUGUAAAAUGUGUUAAAUUUGUAUUGUAACGUUAAUCAUUUUUGUAGACUGCCGGCAUCGUAACGGGGCCGAGAAUACCGAAUAGAUACAUCACAAUACAGGUUGGUAAAGUUUCGUUACACCUAAUAUAUUCCCGACUAAUUUAUUGAAUUUCUCAUUGAAGACAGGAGCUAAACGCAAUAGUUUCCAUAACAAUAAUUUCACGUCUGGUUCCAAUUUAGUUGACCAAUUAUUAUAUCUGCCUCCCUACUUAUUUUUGUUUCUCAUAACUUCUAUAUUUAUAUAGAAAUAAAUAUUAAAGUAAUAUUUAUAUUUAUUAGGUAAUGUUUACAGUUUUAUCCAGUGACUUAAUCUUUGGUUAAUUGAACAUAGAUAGUGUUUUAUUGAGUUAAUAUUUAUUCAAUUUUUCGGUCAUGUAAAUUACCAACAAAUGUACACAUUUUGAGCUCUAUUUAAAUUUCAUCUUUUCUUCAUUCAAAAUGUGGUGUAUGUGUAAAAAACAAAAUAUGGCUUCAAUAGGUUCAACAAUUUCAUUUGUGUAGUUAAUUCCUACAUAUUUUUCUCACCGAUGUUGAGUCAUAAAAUUAUGUUCUAACCAAGUUCAUGCUAUCGAUUUCUUGCUGUGGUUACUAAUAUUAAUAUUGAUAAUUUUCUAACAAAAUUAUUAAAUUAUUAAUACUAGUAAAUAAAUAUAUAAAUAAAUGAAUGUAUCGCCUGGUUUAUUAUGAAAUAUGUAUUGUACAAUCAACAAUGACAAUACAUUUUUAAUUUGAAACCAGUCGUGCAAAACACAUUUUAUAAUACUCAUUCAUUCUCGCGACUCAUUCAUUUGUGUAUUUAUUUAAUUAUUUAAAUAAUUUUAUUUUUGAUAAACACAAGUAAAGUCAAAUUUUCCUCAUUUAUAAAGAUUAUAUUCCUACCCGUGUUUACUGUUUCAAUCUAACUUCUGAGUAUUAAAGCAAAGUUACAGUACUUCUUAUUUUUCUUUGUUUUUAUUUCAACUAUUUGGUUUUAGUCACCCUCGUUCUAAAGUUCCUCUUUCACCUCGAAUACACUGGCUUUCCUCAUAUCAGUCUCUAUCACAUUAAACUUUCCAUUUUUCAGUUUUCCUCUCCCCUCUUUUUUCCUAUUUUCAUUACCAUUCCUACUGCUUCUGAUUCCUCUUUAGAGUUGCCAACUUUAGUCAAUUCCAAAAUUGGACAAAAUAUUUUGGCUAACCAAUUUUUUUUUUACCACCCUGCCUUUUUUAAUGAUUAAAAUAUAAAUUAUGAAACAAAAUAACUUAAGUAAUAAUAAUUUGUCAUAAAAACUGUGUUUAUGUAAUCACAAUGAAUACCUUUCAUCUUUCACGCAUUUAUCCAAAAAUAUGCACAUUCUUUUUUUUAAAUCAGUUUUAACAUCUUUCAUUUUCAUCGCUGCUUGAUAUUUUUAAAUUAUAAUUAAUACAUAGUAUACAACUGUAGACUGUUGCCAUCCAAAAUUACUAUUGCACAAUUCAAACAACUAUGUAAUGACUUCAGUAUAAACGAUUAGAUAAAUAAAUACAAACUGACUAUCACAAAAAGCAUUGUUUAAAGCAUUCAACCAUUUUUUUUAUUUAUCUGUUACUAGGCACUUUACCGUCGAAUCAUGUUGAUAUUAGGUAGUAAAUCCCAAUCGACAACUUUUAUUAUAUUAUUAUUGACUGUUAGGUAUGCUCUUGUUUCUCAAGGCCAUACAGCAUAAUAUACUUUUGAUUAGAAAUAAAUAAUUCAUAAUUUUUAUUGAAUUUUUUCAACAAUUGUUGAAAGAAGUUAAUUCUUGUUAAACCUGGGUAUUUGGGGUCUAACAGAAAGGUAUAACUAGACACUGUAGAGGUGUCCCAAAAUCUGAACUGUCUAGGUGAAACCUGUGGAUAGUUGCAACCCUAUUCUUCUCUGCUCAUAAUAUGCCCAAACUUUCUUAGUCUAUUUUCUCUCAUUUUGUCUACUCUAUAAAUUUAAUAAUAGGUACUUACUUACUCAAAAUUAAAACUAAGCUAAUUUUACUUAUUCUGUGUAAGCAUUUUUUUUGCAUGUUACCUGGUAGAUGGACUGAGACAGUAGAUGGGGGUAUAAUGUCUUCUCAAUGAUUAUACCUUCUUAUUUUCAUAUGUAAUGUGCUACAUACAUAUUUUGUUUAUUUUAGGGCAUAAACAUCAGAAUUUGUUAAAUAAAAAAUAAUAAUUGUUUAAAUCUAGAAUUAAACCUAAAACAUUGGGUACCAAAUUAAACUUUGAUAGUUACUUGAAAAUAUUGUAUAUAGUAAUUCUCAGGGAUGUUUCACAAAUAUUAAUGAUAUUAUUAGUAAAUAAUUCUUUAUUUAAAGAAUUUAAAAAUGUAUUUACUUGUCUAUCAUUUUUAAUUUUAAAUUUUUAAAUUUAUUUUCAUCUAUUUAUAUAAUAGGUGCCAAGCUAAUUAAAGCAUAACAAGUACCUAUCCAAUAUUAAAUUUAACUAUUUAAAUCUUCUGUUAUUACUUCUUCUAUAUUUUUUUUAGGGGGUAUUAGAAAAGGUAAAAAAAUAAAAUAAAUUUAGUAUCAGUAAAAACUACUUUUAUCAAUAACCUAAGUAUCUACCUAAUGAAAUAUACAUUUUAGUAAUUGUUUGUAAUUAUUAUUAACAUAUUUUAAUCAAUACAAUCAUUUUUGUAAAUGCCUAUUUCUUUAUUAAUUUGACAUCAAAAGUAAUGUAGUAAUAAUACUUUUAAAAAAACAAUAUUUAGAUGUUACUUUUUCAAUAUCAAUCAACAAUAAUAUUGUAGACUGAAUCCUUGUUGAUUGAAUUUUGGAUUUUGGACUAGUAACUUGCUUUCCAAAGUGAUAGGCCUCGUUAUAAUGUAUUUUUUAAAGCAUAUUUUUUUUGUAAAUCUUAAUUAAUAAAAAUGCAAGUAAAAAUGUAUUCUACUAAAAUUCUUGCUUUUGUUUAAUCAAGACAUAAACAAAUUUAUUAUAACCACCGUAAUUCAUAUAUUUUUGAGUGAGUUACAUUUAUAUAAAAUUUUGAUUUUAAUGAUCAAAUACUGGUAAAAUCUAGUGGCGUUUUAUUUAAUGUUGCUCUUGACUAGAAUUUCAAAUUUUUAGGUUCAAGUAUAUUUCCUAGCUCAACUUCUAACUCUAAUAGGUAUUUUAUUAAUUGUUUUUAUCAUAAACAAGCAAUUUUCUGGAUAGAUUUUAAGUGAAUUUGAUUUCUAUUUAUUUAAUCAUUGUGGAAUUGUUUAUGCUUUUUUUUAAAACUAAUUCUAAUCUUUAUUAUAGUACAGUAACCUUAUAAUGAAAUCUCUACUAAUUUUUCCAUUAUAAAAGAGUUUCUGUUUUAGGGAGACAAAAAUAAUGUAUAGGAUAUAGAUUAUGCAGAAUUGUUGGUUUCCGUUUUAAGGAGAUUUCCGCCUUAUAUGAGGUAUUCACUUAAAAUCCUCCGUGAAAAUUGCUGGGUCAUGACAAAAAAAAAUUACUGUUAAGUCCAUAUUUGAAUAAAUUGUGUAAAGUAGUUUUAUUUAGAUCAUUAUCUACAUGAAAAAAAAAAUGAUUCUAGUCAAUCUCAACAUUACUUUGUUACUCAUAUUAUUAGUAACUAGAUUGAAUGUCAUGCGCAAAUUUAAUAUUAGAGUCAAUUUCAAAAUUUAUGUUCAGAGGGAAUGUACAUUCAAAAACUUUACUUUUUAAAGUACUUAUCUGUAAAGUAUCUUCCAAGUAACUAUCUACCAACAAUUUUUUUUUAAUUUUUUAAGUUGUGUAUAAUGUAGGUGACUAAAAAAAUAAAGUAAAUACUUAGAUCCAUUACGUGAUGCAGACUAAAAAAAAGUAAAUAUAAAAUUUUUACUUUUAAAUUAAAAAAAAUUAUUAUGAAAAAAUAUAAUUACGUAAUUAAUGUUAGUGUUGGAAAGGUGUAAUAAUAUUUGAUAUUAACAAUUGACCUUUGGUUUCAUUUUAAAUACAUUAUAAGACUUAUUAUAUAGUAUACCUACUGUUUAGGUAUAGUAGAUAUAUCAUUAUUAAUUUUCUUAUCUAAAGUAAAAGCAAAUUUAAUAUUUUUUUAACAUAUACCUACUUUAGUAAUCAAUGAGUUGAUAUUUAAUUAAAUUUAAUAUUUAGUAUCUACAACUACAAUAGGUACUUCUAUAAUUGUAUAGUUUAUCAGUUAAUCAAUGUGUGUACAAAGAAAUUACAAAUAUAUUAGAAUAUAUUAGGAUACAUUUUUUAUUUAUUUGAAUUUACAUUUAUAUUAAAUUAAUUUGGCACGUUUAUGUAAGUCAGAUUGUUUAGUAUCUGUACAAAUGCUGGUUAAAUUUUUACAUUCCCUAAAUUGUAUUACUUAAGGUAUUUUAAAAUAACGUGUAUACAUAUAUAUAUAUAUACAGGGUGUCUCAUGAAGGAAUACCCUUUGUAAUAUCCCUGAAGAUAGUCAUGACUCAAGAUAAUCAAAUUCUGUUUUUUUUUUCAUAUUACUCACUCGGAUAAGGACUACAAAUGUUUAUAUUGCUAUUAAUUUUUGAAAAUUUGAAGAUAACCAUUUUAAAGAAUUAUUUUUUUAUUGAAAAUUUUGACGUUUGAACUUUUUAUUUAAAUUUUUUCAUUAAAUUCUUGAUUUUUAAUAAUUUUUAUAGUUCAGAGAAAAGAAUUGUACAGUAAAUUAAUCAUAAUAAUAAUCAAUUAGAGAAUGCCAUUACAGUUUACUGCAUAAUUAUAGGUACUUUUCUUUAAACUUGAAUAAUUAAAACGUCAAGGUUUUCAGAAAAUAAACUAUAAAAAGGCAAUUUUCAAAAAUAAUAAAAUAUAAAGUUAUUUUAAAAUUUUUUACCAAAACAUAAAAAAUGAAUUGUGAUACAAAUAUUUGUAGUCCUUAUCCCAGUAAUGUAAACAAAACAGAAUUUGAUUAUCUUUAAUAAAUAUUACCAUAGGUAUAUCUUGGUGAGACUAUAUAUAUAUAUAUAUAAAUUUUUUUUUUUGUUUCAUACAAAUAUUUUAUUCAGCUUCUACAAUUAUGUUGAAUAUAUUUCAUAAUUGGUUUUGUUUGUAUGAUAUACUAUGAUAUACAAACAGGAAUAACUACUACAUUUUACUCGAUUGCCUAGUUUCCAGCAGCUAGUAGGAUAGAAUACAAGAUUAUUAUUUAAAAUAAAUUCUAUUUGGCAUUUGAGGUCAAUGAAUAAGAAUACGACGCAGUAUAAAUUAUCAUAUAGUAUGGAAUUAUUAUUCUUAUACCAAUGAAUAGAUAAUUUAUUUAAUUUAAAUUUCAUUUAUUCCAAUAGUGGAGUAUGAUAGACAAAUUAAAGUAUCUAUAAGUCAUUUAUUUAUUUUAUGAUAUUUGAUUUUUACCAUUUUAGAGAAUUUAAUUUUGAUUGAAAUGUAUAUUUUUUAAUGUACCAUAUGAAGAAUUAUGAAAUAUUAUAUGUUAAAAUAAGUUUUGUAAAUGUAAAAUAUAUAUAUUACAUAAAUGUAAAAUUAUAAAUAUAGUUAGAAACAUCAAAUUUAUAUAAGUAAUAAACUAAUAACUUAUACUAAUUACUACUAAUUAUUCAUACAUACUUUAUUUAUAUACACAAUUUUAAUAAAUAAUAUUAAAUUUUAUCAAAUAGUUCUUAAAAUUAAUAAUAAUAUCACAGGCUCUUAAAUUGAGUAUCUACACAUUUCGUAAUAUAUAGAUUGGUACUUUAAGUGUUCCCUCAAAUAUUCCUUAAACAAUGACUCAUUACUUUUUUGUAAGUUUUUAUUUCUAAGAAUCUGAGAAAACAUAUUCUUAUUAUUUAAUAUAGUACCUUUACAUGUAUAUUUUUUAUGAGCACCAAUAAAAGAUUGUAAACUGAGAACAAUUUGUUUGCUAAAAAUUCUUUUUCAAAUGUGUUAAUAUGGGUGUGUAAAUAACUAUAUCAAAGAAUGUUCAUUUUUAGAUUCUGAGCUGAGUGAGGAAAUAAAGAGUAAGCAAUGAUGUAUGUGUUUUUUCGGGAACAACUUAAAAAGUUUCAUCCAACCUAAUAGAUUGAAUCCUGUACAGACAGGUAAUUUAUUAUUUAUCAAUAUUCUUCUAAAUGAAACACUGGCAAAUAUGUAUAGGUAUUAAAUUUGGUUAAACUUAAAAAUAUUUUUAUUUCACAAAAUUAAUUUGUAUAAUAUAAUUUAUUGUAAUUCUCAAAAUUUAACUGUAUUAUGCAUUUUAAAUACUAUUAAGACUUGAUAGCUGAUGUCAAUUUUAUAAUGCGUUGAAUAUCAUCUUUGGGCUUAAAUUAGGGUUUCCAGUUUUUGAAAAUAUGAAUUACUUCUUUUACUACAAUAAAAUUAAACAGGUGGUUAGUUUAAUUGUUUGAAGUACCUAUAAAUAAACUAACAGUGAGUUGCAUUUUGAUAGAGUUCACAUAUUUGUUUAUAGUUUGUACUAUAAAUAUUAUUUAAUGAAUUAUGUUCAUUUACAUGCUACAAUUUGUAAUCUAUGCAACCAUAUUUGUAUUCAAAACAAAACUGUAUUUAAAGUUUAGACAGACUGCAGCCCUAUAGUAGUAAUAUAUAAUGUUUAAAUCGGUCAAUAAUUAUUUGUCUAUAUGAUAUUUUAAAAAAUCUAUAUUCUUCAAACCAGGAAAUUCAAGAAGUUUUUUUUGGUUUUUUUCCAGUUGUAUGGGCCAUUCAAAAGUUUUGCCCCCUCUCGUCACCUUCCAGUAAAUGAAAUGACUUCACUUCAAAUGUAAUAUGCAUACUAUGUCCAAUUUUUAUUUAUCAAUAAUAGUUUGUGAUGUUAGAGUUAAUUGAAACACUCAAAUAAAUUAUGUUUACGCACCUACAUAUAUAUAUUAUACAAUUUUAUUUAAUGGGACUUAGAAAACAAAUAAUUAUAUUGAGUAUCAAAACAAUGAUUUCUUAUUGAAGCUAUUCAGUUUGUGUGUAAUAAUAAAAAUAAAAUAAUAAAUAUUAUUGACUUUUUAACGUAACCAAAGGUUUUUAUUUUAAGGUCAUAAAAAACGAAAAAUCUAAUCCAUUUGCUGUUCAUAACUGAUAAAUCGGGUGACUUUGAUUCCCUUCUUUACGACCUCUACGAAUUUACGAUAAAGCCAAUGAUUUAUCAUUUAUUAUUCUUCUGACCUUUCAUGUAUAGAAACCUAAGUUUACUCCAAAGAUUGAAGACGUUAUUUUUCGAUUUAAGUGAUGCUAAUUUAGAAGUAAAAUAAUUAGUUUACAGCAAGAUUUUACUUCCUUUAAAAUGGGUAAAGUACAGAUAUUUUAUUAUAAUAUAUUUUAGUUUCAAAAUUAUACAUUUUGUCAAAAAUUUAAAUUUGUCUAGUUCUUAAUAUGUAGAAAACAAUAAGAAACACAAUAUUUUAUAUUCUAAAUAUUACAUAAUAUAUUAUAUUUAUUUUAUUUAGUAUUUCAUAAAUAUGUUGUUAUAGACAGUAUACUUCUCAUUGUAACCUACGAAAAAUUAUUUAAUUUUUUUUCAUAAAAGAUGUACAAUAAAUGGUUUUUAAAAUAUAUUUUGAUUAAAUUUAGCAGUUAAUAACAGAAUCCAUAGAAAUGUCCUAUUUAUUUGUAGUAUUACUAUAUUUUAACACUAUAUUAAUUUGAAGAUUAUUGAAAUUAUAGUGAAUCACUAUUUUUCAUUUAAAAUAUAUAAUUUUAUUAUAUUAAAACAAAAUGUUUAAUUUAGGCUAAUUAUUUAAAUGGUUACGUUCUACAAAUAUUGAUUUAAAUUUAAGUUUAAACAGUUCGGCACUAUACCAAACACUACUAAUGCAUAAUGUUAAAGUAAAUAUAAGAAUUUAAAAAAAAUUUCCAGGCAACUUUUAUCUGUGAAGGAUUCGGAAACCAAUUACACAUAUUAUUUGCUAUAUAUUUAUAUUAUACCAAGAUAGAUUACUAUUGUUUUUGCUGUGCAAAUUGUAGAUAUAAAUAUUUUUUACUUAAAUUGUUUUUAUACUCAUAUAAAAAUAAUAUCCGUUUUAACAUCAUCGUGUAUCAGGUAGUAAAAAUCCCUUAGUUCGUGUUCACUUUAAUUUCACACGCCUGUAUUCAGCCAUAAUUUAUUUUUAUACUCGAUGUCUCCACAUUUCUCGUCUGUCAUCACCAUAAUUUAAUCCGAUCCACAUGUUUUAUUCAUAAUAUCAUCCUACUAAUAACCUUUAAUCAAUUCAAAUUGUCGGCUUAGCAUUUCCUAAAUUCCCUUCUAUAUUUAACUCACUUAUUAAACAUGUAAAUAUUAUGUUCACUUAUUAACUAUUAAUUAUAUUUUAUUUAGCUCAUAUAAUAUUAUAAAUUUAAUAUAAAUUGUGUUGUUAUAAUUAUUUGGUUUACAUAUACAUAUAUUUUAUAAAAUUGUGUGUUUACCCAUAUAAUAUUAUGUUUAAAACAUUGUAAAAUGAUUUUACAUUUCAAGAAAAUAAAUAGUAGUUUUUUGAUUAUUGGUAACAAUAACUAUCUGUAGUUAUAAUUUUACGUGUAGAGCUUAUAAGUGAUAGCAAAAAUGGGAGGGGGGAGAGCUGAUACUGGAGUUGGGUGCAACCACUGUUGUAGGUGGAAAGUUGGUAAGGUAGGAUACCUAACGUUAUUUAAUUUAUAUCUGUAUGAAACUAUUAACCAAUGCUAAUAAAAAAGAUUCGGAGCGAAGUUCGGUAAGACGUAUUUUUUACAAUUUUUAUCAAUAUUUAAUCUUAAAAUCUUAUGAAAAAAAAAAUGUAUGCAUUAAAUUCAAAUUUGUUUUUUGGACUACUAAGUAUAAUUUAUAAUGUAUGAUGUAUCGUAUGUUAAAUUUUCAAGCAUUUCUCUUAAGUCAUAUAAUUUUAUUCUCAGAGUACCUACUCAAUAAAACUACACAUAAAAGUACAUCAAAUAUCUAUGAAUAGCCUAAAAGUAGCAAGAAUGUUUUGAAAAUUUAUCCAUGUCUACAAAAGGCAAAAGGCCAGUAUUAGUAUUUUGUGGGAACUACAGGUAUCUACAAUAAUUUUUAACCGAAAAACAACAAAAAACUCAAAUCUAGUACACUUUGGAGUAUUUCAUACGUUUAUUUCUGGUUUUUGAUUACUAUUAUAGAAAAAUUACGGAAAAUUAAAUAACGACUUUUUGACUUGCAAAUUUUUUAUUUUAGAAAAUAUGCUAUUUUUGAAAUUUGGAGCAAUAUUUCUGAUAAUGACAUAGUUUGCAAAAAUUAAAAAACAACGAAAUCGAUAUGGCGUGUCGUAAAUAUUGUACGUUUUGCCUAGGUAUAUUUUUCUUUCCGUUUUUCCCAAUUAUUUUGAAAACUCAUUAAAAAAUUAUUAUGUUUUAUGGUAAUAUUAUUUUACAAACUCACUUAAAAAUUAUAAUAGACAUAGUACUUUAGAAUAAUAAUUGAGAAAUACGCGUUAUUUUGUUAAUUUUAGGUGCACUUUGUGGGGUAAACAAAAUUAGACGACUUUUGUUUUUUAUCUCCAAUAUUUUGAACUCGCAUUGCUUACACAUUAAACAUUGCCGAGAACGAAUAAUAAUAUUUUUAGUUUUCUAUAUUUUUCAUUCCAUACAGAAUGUAACCAACUGAUGAGUGUUACUCAAUUUUGAAACGCCCGAUAAUUAUAAUAAUAUUAUGUACAAUGUGCAAUUUUGUGCUAUGCAGUUUUUAAAAUAAAUUAGAUAUUGUUUUUCCGUUCAUAAAACAUUAAUCAUUUUAUAGGUAAUCUUUGUAACCCUGCGUUAUAAAAUAACGGUGUUAAUUUUCCAUUUUAAAUUUCCCUUUAAGUUUUGACAGUUCUCAAUAAAAAGCGUAUGAAACAUUUACAAUGGAGAAUAAUUAAUAUUAAUAAUUGUUUAAUAAUAUUUAUCUCUUAUAGCGAUUUAAAAAAUAAUAUUAUUGAAAUGGAAAAAAGUUUGCCGGUUUAUAAGUAAAUUGUUUAUAAAAAAAUUUGUUAACAUAUUUUAAGUUUCGUUUAAUCUAUUUACAGAUAGAUGGCGUUUCACAACACCAUAAUAUAUAUUAUAGGUAUUAUUUUAAAAUGUUGUUUUUGUCGGGGUUUUUUUUUUGAACCGUGAGACACAUCGUUUUUGCAAACCCUUUGUAUACAAACAGCCGGUGGCGAAUAAGCAAUACAUUUUUUGUAUCGCGAAAAAAUGGCGAUUUUUUUUAUCCAUUUAAACGUAAUUCUCAUGAGAUAAUAUAUUUAUUGAACAUUGAUAAUAAUAUUUAACGUGCAUACCUUACCAGUCUCCUAUAACUAAAUCGAUUAUGUUAUGAUAUUCAAUAUGAUUUUCGUUUGUUUUUCUCAGUCGUUCAAUAUCAGUAUUUUGUAAAAAAAAAAAAAAAUAUAAAAAAUUAUUAUAAAUAGUAAUGCAAUAUAAUAUUUAAUUAAUCGUAUACAGAAUUAAUAAUAGUAAAAAAAAAAAAAAAAAAUGCAUUCUAUUCUAAGCACACUUAUUCGUUUUAUAUUAUUCUGAACGCAAAAUUAGAUUUACUUCAAACCGCGUAGGUAUGCAGGGCUAUGCGGUGUUAUGUGUUAAGUGAAAACACUAUGAUUUUUAUUGUAAUUUUCGUUUUAAAAUUAAAUUAUUUUAUUUAAAUAAAAAAAAAAAUUGACGGGUGUCAUACGUACGCGCGGACACAUACAGGUACAAUUUAUUAAUACUUUAUUAAAAAACUUGUAACUAAAUGCGCGCGAACAAUUUGUUGUAUACAAAUCAAAUAUAUAAAUCAAUAAUUAUCAUCGUCGAACCGUCGUUAUUAACGAUUAUAACAACAAAUUAAUUCUUGUAAUAUCGAUGGAGCGAUAAACCGCAUUAUAAUUUGUAUUAUAUAGGUACUUGGUUUCGUUUAUAGGUACCUACAAUAAUAUUAAUAAUAAUUAUGGUUGUUUACGAGCAAGUGCCUAACAGAGUGCCUGAUAUUCUAUCUGAUGUUAAAAAUUAACUCGAAAUGGCGUACCUAUUCGACAGAGAUAAAUAUUCAUAUAGCAUAUGCGUUUGCGUGACGUUAAAAUAAUAUAUUCCGUUAUAAUAUUCGUGUAUAAUGUUUUUGUUACGAAGAGGCGUUAUAGAAAUAUUAUUAUAAUAACAACUAUAUUACGAGUGAACUAAUUAAAACGGCCGGGACCUGUAUUGCCGCUAAACGUUGCUCCGUUGCCCGUUUUCCAUCAAAAUUAACUCCCCCCUUUUCCCACCAGAAAAUAUUAAAUUAUCUAUGGUGUUUCGAUCAUAAUAGUAUUCGAUAUACGCAAGGGUGUAACAGGAUUAUAUUUUAACGAAUGUAACAAACAUUUUUCCACUGAAUGUUUUUAAGUUUUUUUUUUUGUUUUUAAAAUAUUAUUAAAACUUAGCGUUAUAAUUUAAAUAUUUUUUAGUUAAAUUUUAAUGUUGAGAAAUCCAAAGUAAAAAAUAUAAAAUUAUGUUUAAAAUUUAUAAACAAAAAUCCGAUUUUGACAAUAAUGUAAGAGUCAAAUAAUUGCUUGAAUGCUUAAAUUUUCAAAUGGUUAAUUUGAUUGAAUGUACAAUUUAAUCAUAUUAAUUUAAGCUGUGAUUCCGAUAACGCUUAUCAUUUAUCGCUUAUUAAAUAUAAUUUUUUCGUUAGUAAUAGUCGUAAGAAAUAAAUUUGAAUUUUAACAAACUUUAAAAUUUUUUUUAAAUUAAUUUUUAAAAUAGCUAUAGAUUUGAAGAAUUUGAAUAAAAAAUCGAAAGUUUAUUUUUAAUUGUAAAGUAAUAAAAUAAUAUAUAUAUAAUAUAAAAUUAUAGCUCAGAGCUCUAGGAAUUAUUACAAAAAAAAAAAAAAACUAAAAGAAAAAAAAGUUAUCACAUUUGUUAAAUAGUCUUGUAGUUAUACCCUAUGCAUAAGACAUUCAUUGAUUUUUAAUUCAUUGAUAACAAUUAUUUAUUGAUACUGUUUGUUUUAACCGUAUACAAUUAUUUUUAUCGUAAAUAUAUGUAUAUUAUUAUUUGUUUUUUACUAUUUAUUUUAUUUUGUUAUUCUCUAUUUAUUCCUACAAUGAAACAAUAUUUGCAACGGGUAUUUGUUAUUAAUAUAUGUCUUUUUAUUUAAUCACUGUAUACAUGUUUAAAUGAGUAAAACAAAAUUUGAACUAGGUCAAAUUUCGAUAAUCGUUUUUGCGAGGAAAUCGGUCUCAAUAGCUCGUUUGAACGGAAAACGGUGACGCCCAAAUAAAAUUAAAAAAAAAAAAAAUCCGAAUACUCAAAAUUCGACUGUAUGCAUUUUUUUUAUUUUGUUGAACAUCACAUUAUACAUAUUAUGCACUUAAAACGCGAUUUGUAUAGAGAUUAAUUUAUUAUCUGGUCAUAUAGGCAUUCAAUAUUAUUGUGGUUUUAUCAAACAUUUUUAGUGUGGUGUAAUUUUUUAUUUUUUUUUUCCAAUAACAUCAUUCAACUUUCAACAAACAAUAGAAACAUUUCGAAUGAACUUCACAUUAUAGGUAGGCUUUUUGAAAUCAAACUACGUUAAAUUGCAAAGAUUAAUGAUCAUAGGAAAUAACAUACAUAAUAAGUUAAACGUGAAUCAUCGGUAUAUAUUUUCGAUAUUUACGAUAAUAAAUGGUCUAUCGGUGUAUUACAACUAUUGGUUCAUUACGUAGUACAACAAAAAUUGUUUUUAAUUUUUUUUUUUGUAAUAUAAUUAAAUUUGUCUAAAUUCGAUUUACUCGGAAUUGGAACUAAUUAUAAUAUUAUUCACGUGAACAAAUUAUACAGGUCUUGGUAAAUAAUAAUCGGCCAUUUUUUAUUUUGUUUAUAGAUUCCCAUUAUUUGUAUUUAAUAAGAUUAUCACGGUUAUAACGUAGUAAGUUUUGUUUGAUUUUAGAAAAAACAUUUUUUCAACUAUAUACGCCGGUUGAACGUGUCAACAAUUUUAAUUCACGUUUUUAAUCCGUUCAGUUUUAUUGAAAAUGACACCAAUUUGAAGAAAAUCGAAAAAAACGGUUUUAUCCGGAUUAUUGAAUUAUUAAUGUUUCACGAAUGUGCAAAAUUAUAUUUUAUUUAUAUUUAUAAUAUAUUAUAUAUGUAUAUCAAGUACCUAAUCUCAAUUUGUUAUUCGGUAGUAUAGGUAUAGCAUAUGGGUUAUAGGUUAUCACGUUUGUUCUUUUAAUAUUGAACUACGUUACUUUUAUAUAUUAGGUGUAAUCUAUUUCUUUAUUCCAAUUUACGUAAUAAGUUAAUCGAUAUCUAGACAGUAUAUUACUAUAUAACAGUAUAAUUUAUUAUAUUUAUUUCUAUUCGACUUUUAGUCGUUGUUAUUUGGUAAAUUAAUGACGUAGAUUGUUUUGAAAUGCACGAUAAAACAACGUUUUAUUUAUAAAUGUACCGUGUUGUGUAGUCUUCGUAUAUUAACUGUGAAACGAUAUUCCUUACGUAAAUAAGUAUGCUUAAAUGUAUUUAAAUUGAUCUUAUUAAAAGUUUUUUUUUUUUAAAUCUCUCCGAUUGCGGUUUUUUCGUCAAUCCAAUCGUUCAUUGUAGGUAUCGUUAAUCGUCUUUAAUCAAACUUAGGUAAGUAUUAUGACGAAUGCUGCUUUCGUACAGUUAAUUAGUUAAAUUCCAUGUGUUCGGCACUUUAUCGUAAAAUAAUAAUUUUCUUGUCAAGUUCAAUUUUUUAAAUAAAAUGUUUUCCUUCUAUUUGUAUGUCUACAGUAUAAUUUAAUUGUGCCUUUCAAAAGCACGCAUCGUAGUCCCCCCCCCUCCGGCUCAUAUUAUUUUAUUCCGACGAGAGAAACAUUUUUCUAACUCUGUCACAAUAAAACCGCUUUACCCCUCUAUAUACGGGUCGCGUGUGUAUAGAAAAUAACUAUAGAUUAUGGACACCAUAGUUAAUAUUACCCGCGGUAUUUUUAAUUUAUCAUAUACUGAAAUGAAUGAAGCUAUAUUAUAUAAAAACUCGAUCUGUCUCCAUUUACCCAAUGGUUAUAAUUCAUUUACAUUCGUAUGGGGCACAAAAUAUGUAGGCACUACGCCCUAAUAAAUGUAGAUACGGAAACGGACAUUCCUCGUUAAUUCCUCAUUAAUCGUUUCCACUCGUUUAUUUCUUUCUGCUAUUAAUACAAUAUUAUUCUAUAAUAGGACUUGGGUUAUAUUGUGUACAAGGGAAAAAUCGUAAAUCUAUUGACGCUUGUGCUUUAAACUAAAUCUAAAAGACCGAAUUCUUGUACUGAAAAAAAAAAAAAAAUGUUAAAUGUACUAAUUCAAAAUUAUCUUUAUUUACCGGUACAUAAAAUAAUAAAAUAUUAAACAAAAAAUGAAUAAAUACAUAUAUUGUCUGUAGGUAUUAGAAUUUGUAAUGAAUAAUUUUGAUUCAAAUUUAAGGGCUUAAUGUUAUUUUAAUGUCAUCAAAUCGAAUGGAUCAGUAAAUAUAAUAUAAUCAUAUAGCUAAAUAAAAUAAUAAUAGAUUUCUUUUUGAUUUUGUAUAGUAUAUAUACUAUAUAGACACUGAAUUUGAUUUAAAUAUUCAAUUUCAAACUUAAAUACACGACAUUAGUACAGUUUUACUUCUUGGUCGUGUAGUACAGUAGCAUAAUUAUUGUACGUAUAAGUGCAAAGGUCAAAUAAACGUUUAUUAUGUCUUACCAACUUAAACCUAUAUACUUAUGGAGUUUAGUUCUACAUGUGUUUCUUUUAACUUGAGUGCUCCCCGAUGAAUUUUUCGUAUUGUUAUAAUUUUAAUAUCGAAUUGUAAGUUGUAUACUAUUUGGAUUAUUCUUCUAUUCGUAUACAACUGAUAAUAAAACAAAUGCGUAAGUUAAAUUUUUUUUUUUGUUAAAACGUUUAGGUAAUAAUAUUAUUUUUAAUGUAAUAAAAUGAUUGCCAUUUCCGACUGUUUAUCUAUGCAACAAAUUUCAUUUCAUCAGUGUUUUUAGUAUCUUUUGGUCCCAGGCAAGAAGGUCAAUUUUUUAUAGUUUUUCAACACGAGCAAAUUAAUAUUAAAAAAUUAUACACUUGAAAAUAAACUAAUACACUACAUACACUAAUGCGAUUUAGAUCAAAAAAUAAAGGAGAAAUAAUUACAUUAUACAAAAUUAUAAACAAAUUAACUUGAGCUCUUCUUACCUAGGACAUAGUAAUAAUAUAAUACCUCUAGGCAUAUGUACUACAAAUUUAAAAAUAUAAUAGUAUACAACUUUUUUUUUUAUACUUCUUCUAUUAUAUAAUUAAAUCAUAGUACCUACCUACUAUAUUUUAAACGUUUGUACUUUACUCAUUUCAAAUAUAAGUCUCGUUAUCAUUUUUAUUAAUAAUUAGGUAUACGGUUUAGCUCGGUGAUGAUUUUGUAUGAUGAAAUUGUUAAAUUAUUUUAUAUUUUUUUUGUAUUAAUGAGCGGAUCGAGGAAUGUAUUAGUCUAACAAUGUUUUUUUUUUUAUCUAUAAACAACUUUUCUACUAGAAAUUUUGUUUCGAUUUACAAGUGAAGCACUUUUUCUAGAAGGAAAUCAAGCUGUAGUAGUACUUUAGGAAGGUCAUUUUUUGAUUUUCCCUGGAUUUUACUCAAAAUAUAGGAAAAAGCGAGAAAAAAGUAGGAAAAUAGGUACAAUAUUAAACAAACAUUAUUUAAUUAAAUAUAUAAUACAUAUAUAAUUAUUUAACUAUAGUAUGACAUAUAUAUUAUUGACAAAGCAACACUAUCAACCGAACUCCUCUCAGAAUCGUUUUUCGUUAGCAAUACGGUUAAUAAAGUUAAUAAAUAAUAUAAGCACAUUAAACUAUCUAUAUCAGUGGCUACACCCAUCCCCAUUAUCCUAAGACAGAUUUUUUUUACUUAGACGUAUGUGUUACACUCAGUGGAGUUUAGAGGUGUAGGUACGGUACCUGUUAUAGUAACAAUCAGACGAUAUUUUUUUAAUAUCCAAACAUUCAUAAAUCUUUUCUAAUUGAACUGUCAGUACGUAUUUAACGUUAAAAUGAUUUAUUUUAUUUUGAAAUAUUCUAAAUUCGAGACUUUAGAAAUCACUAUCAGCAAUAAGCGUAUAUAGAAAGUAUAUAUUAUUAUAGUUAAAAUAAUGACACUAAUGAUGUUCUUGACAAUUUUAACUUAAAUUAACAGUAAAAGUAAUACUGUGUAUGAAACUUUUUUUUUGUGGUUAUUUUAUUAAUUAAUAUAUUAAUUUUACUACAUAAUAAUAUUAUGUAAAUAUUAUCUACCUAUAUGAAAUAUAUUAAUGUGAGUAAACAAUAAUUGUACAAUAAUCGAGAUUUCAAUAUUGCCAUCUAUUAUAAUAUUAUUAGAUAUCGGUGUUAAUAUCGAAAUUAAUAAUUGAGUGAUGACGUAAAGUGUUUGAUCAAGUUAUACGUCUUAUUAGUAGAAAAUAUAGAAGGAAAUAUAUAUUUUUAAAUAAUUUAAAAAACUGUGAUAACAACACCGAGUUGAGCAAACGAAAUAUUUAAUUGUAGUCUUAGAAUUUAUUUUUGUAAAUGUAAUACUUUUAUCAAAUUAAGUUAAUCUCUUAAUAAUAAUUUUCGGCUUGUUUUUUUUCUAUUUUCCGGUCUGAUAGCAUAAAUGUCAAAAGUUUACACCAACCACUGACCAACUAGUUUGAUAAACUGGAAAUCCUUUCGUUCAAAGCUAACAACUUCGACCAGAACAAGUUCGACUUCUUCUUUGUGGACACCAUCACUUCAGGGUCAAAUAAUAUUCUAGUUCAUACAGCAGGUUUUCCCUCGAUACAAAUUUACUUUGAGUUAACCUCAUCAUAUAGUAUAUAGAGACCGAAUAGUAGAGUUCUAUGUAAUAAGGAUGAUAUAGCCUAUAACCAUGUCUUAUACUACUAUCAAUUUUUAUUUAUUUUACUUCUCUUAAAUACUAAAAAUUCUGAAAAUAAUUAAAAUUUUUUUCUCGUUGAGAAUUUUUAUUUUCUGCCGUGCUUUCUCGUAUGAUAACGGUCAAAAACUCACGGCUGUACAUCAGUGUGACAAGGGUGAAUACACAUAAUACUAUAUUCGAUUAAUACAUUAAUACAAGUAUAAUAUUAACACAAUUUGUUUGCUUCCUAUCAUAAGUACAAUAUCAUUUGAUUCGAUUAAUUUCAUAAUGUUUUAUUUAAUUUUUUUAACCAUGCGCGAAUAUUUAAGUAAAUUUGUUAACUAUUUAAAAGUAAUUUUUACGGGCGAAGAUGUGUUAGAUGGACGCGAACUAAACAUGCAAAGACAUUUUGUUUCAGGUUUGUUUUGAGUAAAAAUAUAAUUUAUUAAACAAUAUCAGCUGUUAAGUUUUCCCAUUGAUUUUUUUAUUUAAUUACUGAUUCGUUUUUUUUUUUAUGUAUAUAUUAAAUUGAUAUCGUUCAGCGAUAUUGAAAAUUAUAUUUUUUUAUUUAAACAUAAGUUAAAAUAUUAAUAUUUAACACAUUGACGGACACUUGUAAUAUAACUUUUACUGUUAUGUAAGUAGUGCUAUACCUACAUCCAAAAUCUAUGUAAAUUGUCAGUGUAGACUGCCGUAAUGUGGCAGUCCACUGUCUUCUACGAUUUGAUACCAUUAAAAAGAUUAAUGCGUUCAGCAGUAUUGACGUAUUAUAACAUAUUAUAUAUUACUGCUGUAGUAGUAAUAUCCGUCAAUGUGUUAAACAUGUAAAUUGCAUUCGAUUUUAAAUUUUAAAUUUAAAUUACAAUAUUUUGUGUUGGUUUUAACCUUUGAUUUCGUUAUUUUAUGUUAAAACUUAUAAUAAUCAAUACAUUGAAUAAGAGUAAAUUAAUUACAAUAAGAUACUAUUUUUAAUUCAUAUUAUUUCUUAUUUUAAUAUUUUACAGGGAUAAUUUUAUGUAAUUGGUAUUGGUAUUCUAUUUUUUUUAAUAACUAAAAUUGGAUGGACAAAAAUUAUUCUUGUAUCAUUUUAUAAAAUAUAUAUAGCUAGUUAUUUUUAAUUAAUUAAUUAAUACAAUCAUUUAUAUCAAUAGUUCGUAUUUCCAUAAUAUAUAUUACUAUUCCUGACAGACCCAUUUAUAUAAAACAAUUUCCUUAUUUAAUUUUGUAAUCUGUUUUUAACCUUGACAUGUAUCUUAAUUUUUUAUAAACCGGAACGAUGAGGUGCUAUUUUUAUAUAUAUAUAUAAUAAUAAUAUGCAAUGUCAAUCCGUCUAAAACUAUCGUGUUUGUAUAGCUGGAUUCAACACUGAUGAUUAACACUGAUGAUUAACACCAAUGAUUAAUAUCAAUAGUUUAAUAGUUGUGAUAUCUGCAAAUUAUACAUAAUAUAGGUAGGUACGUUACCUACUCAAUUUACAGAAUAAUAGCUAUACAACUUCAGUGUCUGUACUUUAUUUUUUUAUGAGUACUUAAAAAUACGAAUUUGCGUUGUCAGAACAUCUAAAUAGUUAAAAGAGUUUAUACAGUGGAUAUUUUUAAUCUAAGGUAGGCAUAUAUCUUAUUAUAGUCGUAUAAUAAUAAUAUUUAAAAAAUAAUAAUAAUGCACCAUACAUUUUACAAACGUUAUAAUAAUAUUAUUAUGUUGAUAGUAAUCGUGAUAAAAUUUAAAUUCAUUAUGUUUAAUCUGGCAACUGUGAUUACGAAUAUUAUGUAUAGUUUAUACGAUGAUAGCACGUAAUAAAUAUUUUUAUAUUUAUGAAUGUAUAAUGUGUAUAAUAUACAAUUAAAUUUAUAGUAAAUAUACAUUAUAACUCAAAAGAAUAAAAGAUUUAAUUAACACCAAGGUUAGAAAAAAAGUCGGUAGUUAACUUAAGUUAUUGUGACUAUAUAAGUUAUUAUUUGUUCAAAGGAGGUAAUAUAUACCAUACAUUUCGCCAAAUAAUAUAAAAUCGAAAAUUGCACCACGAAAACAAAGAUUGUGAUGGACAGACACACUUCAUAUUUUACGUAUAGUGUUUAUGAACCUAAAUUAAUUUGUUUAAGUGUAUCGUUAUUUUCAAAAUUAGGAGGAUAAACCUGGGGAGGGAGAUAGGGACCAAUAUACUUAGCUGCAUUAUACUCCUAAUUUGAUUCAUCAUUGAGCUCGUUAUAAAUGUGUGCCUUAUACGCAUUUCCAAAAUCGCCCUCCUCGUUAUUUUGUCCUGGAUCUGCAGGAUAAACAAAAUAUUAUAAUAAGAUUUUAUACAGAUAGUUUGCUAAGUUGUUUUUCGAAUAUAAUAUAAGUUAUUGAAACAAAGUAUGGAUUAGUAAGUAUACACAAAUGUGUAUGCGUUUUGAAGCUCCUGUCUUUAUCUUUAAAUUCUUGUUGAGGUACCUUUUAUAAGUGAUGAUAAUAAUUUUAAAUCUUUUUUUCCUGUCCUAAUAUAGAAAAUACAGAUUGCAAUAAUUCUGAAGAAACCGUUAUAAUUGAUGAUAAAAUGAGUUCAGAAACAAGCAGUGGCGGUGUGAACUUUAUUGUUGGUGACGAAGAUGGAAUUGACCAAGCUCCUCCUGAGCUAGUCAAUGGGGACUUGAUAAAAGCUUUGGAAGAAGAGAAGCACGAAAAUACUGACUCUUUUCCUCUGGGUAAGGAAACUGGACGUAUGGGUGUGACAUCGAACAGCAACUCAUACAACAACAUGUUUGGCUUAACCGAAAGGAGAAAACGAUUAAGGUAUGUAAUUUAGUAUGUAAUGAUUAGGUAUUUAAUUUAUAUUUAUUUUAAGAGCAAAACUUAAACCGCUAGUUAAUGUAAUUAAUUUAUUGACAAUCAGUUAAUUACCUAAAUGUGAAUAGCGAACAUUUUUAGCUGAUAUUUUAGUUUUUAAAAUGUAUCAAACUGUUAAAUUUUAAUAAUUGAAAGGGGGAAAAAUUUUGGUCAGUUUACAUUAUUGGUUUUAUGAUGAUUUAAUUUUGUAAAUGUUUGUACAUGUAAAAACAUUACUGAUUAAAUUUAAAUUGUAUUGCCCGAAACAGAAAGUUCGAACAAGUCAUUAAUUUAAUGGGCCGUUACUUAUUUGGCUUCCGUUUCGUUCUUUACUGAAAAUAUAUUAAUUUUAACGACAUUGCGUAUAUUUUAUCGGUUGACACGAGGGGUCAUAAACAUGCUCCGAAAAUCGAAUGCAAUAACUUUGUAGAUGGGUUAAAAAAUAAAAAUGAUAUAUGUAUACUUAUAAUAGAAUAUCAAAAUUUAAUACGUGCCUAAAAACUGUAAAUUCAAUAAAAAAUUAUUAAAUUAAAUUCCGGCUCCAAUAAUAAAAAAAAAAAAUAGUGAGUAGCAGAGAUCCAUAACUAGUCAUAUCCCCCCGCCCAUUUUGUAUGAUAGAAAUAUUUUUGAAAAACAAUAAAUAAUCGAAUACUUUAAUAACACUAUAUUUCAAUAUUAAUAUAUAACAAAAAAAAUGAUGACAUUUUAUCGGAAAAAUGAUCUGGGUAAAUGGGGUGGUGGUUUAAAUUUCACUUCAUUGAUACUAGAGUUAAUGUCAUCCCAUUUUCCUAUCUUUGGAGUUCUUUAGGAGUGUACAAAACUAAAAAAGAAAAAAAAAUCUUUUACUAUCAAUAACAUGCGUAUAGUUAAAUUUAUAUUGAAAUUUAACUCAACUUUUAUCACUUCAAUCUGUAACUCGAAUUCCUAAAUUUGAGUCUAUUUGACCAGAGAGAGAUACUAGAGUUUAAAAGUAUUGGGAAUCAGAUAGUCUCUAUUUUUGAUAUUUUUUUAUUUUAAAUUUAACAAAAAUUAUUCCAUUAGUUAUCGUGCCCAGUUUAGAAUAAUUAUUUAAUUCUGGAUUUUUAAUUAUCGUUUCAAAUGAUGUAGAUCAUUUGGUAUGUUUGUUAAAAAAUUUAUGUCACCAAGCUGAUAUAACAAUAACAUAUAACUUAGGUGUGUUAUCAAAGGAAGUUUUUCAAUAAAAUCUUAAAUGUAUAUUAUUUUAUAUAUGUAUAUAUUAUAUUAAUUUCUGUUUUAUUAUAUAUUAUAUAUCUAUAUUGUUUAGAAAUAAAGACUAAUUUAUCAUUCUUAAAUGACAGUAUGAUUUCAAAAAAAAAAAACGCAGCGUCUUGCCUUCCGGAGUAUUGUCCUCAUUUAAUUUUAUAAUAGGUGCUUUUACUCUAAAGUCAAAAUUAAGUGAGUUCUACGCAGUUUAUAUAAGGUGGGUUUUGCUAUAUUGUCCGAAUUUGGACUGAGACAGCACAUCCUCUUAACUGGCUUGAUCAUUAUAUUAAACUCUUACUGAAUUCUUUUAAUAUGCCAUGCAGGUUCAAUUUAAUUUUUUAUUAAUUUGUAGGUUAUUCAUAAUAUUCAAACCAUGAGAAUUGCUUUAACUCCUUAUUUUAUUCCAUAUUUAAAUAGUAAAUUUAUUUUUAUUAACAAUAAUACUCAAGCCAUAUAGUAAAAAUAUUUAUGUUAAUAUUGAUGAAAAAGUAAAUGAUUAUUGAAUUUAACUUUCAAAGUAUGUGGAAGAAUUUCUUUGAAAAUAGCUUGCCAAUUAACUUGUUAAGAAUUGUUAGGUUUUUAUAUUUAUGGUCCCAAAUUAGAAGUACUUAAGUUCAUUUUUUUAUAAUUUUCUUAUGUGAUUUUGUUUUCAUAUUUUUUCCUUAAUUACAUUCAGUUGUCCUUUAAAUUUUUUUUUAUGAAUUUGAUUAAAGCCGUCUUUCCCUGGGACCAUAAAGAUUACAUAGAUUAUGCACGUACUAUAUGAUUUACAAAAUCAUAAUCUAUUUAGUCGAUUGAAUGUAAAAUGAUUACAAAUUAAUAUUGUAGUUAUCAUAAUUUUAGAGAAUUUAGUUAUUUGUUCGGGGGCGUCUAAAAUGAUCAUGUUUUCUUCUAUUGAUCAUAAUACAGUUAAAUAUUAUUCAAAGAUAUUAAUAUAUGAUGGGCUAUAUUUUAGCUAAUAUAGAUUUAAAAAGUCAGAUAAAACUGUAGGAAUUAUGUUUGAAUGAUUUAAAUUUUGAAAACUUAUUUUUUUUUUACUAGGAUAUUUUAUUUAUUGUAAACAAAUUUUAUUGUAUUUUUGAAAAAUUUUCAAAAAUGUACUUUAAGUAUUUUUGGAUUUUCUUAUGGAUAAAGAUAAUUCAAAUUUCAAAAAAUAAUUCUAAUGUGUCCUAAUUAAAAAUGUAAAUAAUUAUAAUACAUUUUCAAAAUCUAUUCACCAAAAUUCAUACAGUUUUGUAUAGUUUUUCGAUCUAUAUAGUGGAUCGAAUUAUUAGUGGAAAAGUCUUAUCAUUAAAAAUCAGAGAACAUAUUUUAGAAAACUGUCACUAAUCCUCUAAAUACAAAUAUAAAAAAAAUUUUUUUUAAACUAAAUUUUGCGUUUCAAAUCAAUCAAUCUAUCGAAUUAUCAACGUUUUACAGUUAAAUCGUUGAUAUGGCCGUUCCCUCUACUCGGGUAUAAACUUGUAAAGUAAUAAAAUAUAAAGUAAGCAAAAUAAUAUUGUUACACCGUCUAUUAUAAAUUAUUAAAUUUUAAUUUCAAAUUAUUUACUGUUAAAAUAAUUACGUUUUGAAUUAUUGUUGCGUAUAAUAUUAUCUUCCAUUUCGGUUUUAUUGAAUUUAAUUCUAAUCUAAUUCCAAUCAAAAAAGGUAACGAAAGUACAAAAUGUAAAUUUUUUAUCGAUGUGAUAUUAUUAUUUGUUGAAUUGUGGUGACGAGAAACAUGUUAUUGUUAGAUAAUUCUCAAGGGCAAUACAAUUUUUUUAUUUCUGAGUCAUAUAAAAUAUUUUCAAAGUUGGAGUUAAGAGUCUUGUCUCCGUGUACCUGCGCACGUUAUUAGGAUAUUUCGGAUAGAAUUGCUUCCGAAUUGCUUAUAUUUUUUUUCGCUGCUAUUAGGUGUAGAUAUAAAAAUUUAACUUAUAGUAAUAUAAUAUUACCCAUUUCCCGACGAUGAUCCUGGCUAUCGAAACCGGUCAUAAGAUGUCAAAUCUAUAAUUCACUACGACUCAUUGGACUUUGCAUCGUUAUAAUACAUUUAAAUCGUUUACAUAAUAUUUUUGUUUAUUCGAUUGUGUGUUUUUAAUAACUCGAAAAACCACUGCUCACGUAGAAGGUCCAUUGGUUUCUGUGGUCGAGAAAUAUUUCAUAUUAGUAUUAUUAGUAUCACAAACAUUUAACAUAAUUUUAGUUACAGUAGAAACGCUCCGAUUUAGUUCACAGUCAACUGCUGUCGUUUUUGAGGUUGUCGCGGUGAUAAGGUCGAGUUAAUUUUUAAUUUUCUUUUGUUUAUGCAGAAUCGAAUCUAUUCGUCGUUACAAUCUAUAGUAUAAUUAUUUCGUCGAAAUGACAAGAAACUAGUUUCUACUAAAUGACGUACUAUCGAAUAAAUAUAUUAUUUUUUCUGCAGAUCAAAUCGUAAUCAUCGACGUCUUUUCCUCCGUAUAAUUAUGUCAUAUUAUAUUUUACUGUUUUUUAUUUUUUUCAAAUCGUGAAAAGAAGUUGCGAAAAACAUGCAUAUCUACAUUUAUAUAUAUAUAUAUACAUAUAAAAAUGCACUUCUUCACUAAUAUUGGAAUUUUAAGGAAAAAAACAUUUACUUACACCCUUUCUCUCCUGCUUACUUAUAUAGUAUAAUAAUUUGUGGUGACACUCGCCAACGAAUUUUAAUAUUAAAGCGCGCCGGUAGGUUUGUUUAGCCUUACGGUGGUGUCGUGUAAUCGUUGUUAAUGUUGUAGUCGAGGUCUGUACAGUGAUAAAAUAUUAUCGAAACUAUUUAUUGCUGUGCCACAGAGACCGUUUAUGUGCGUUAUUAUAGUGUUAUUAUUUCUGCCAAUACUCACGGAUUUUCUUCCAUCGCAGUAUUAUUAUCGUAGUACUAUACUCGAGCGUGGCGGUAUAUAAUCCGACGCGUUGUGUGCCCUUCGUUGCGGUGGCCGGUCUACAAAACUCCGUUGUCGCGGCGCCGUUACGAAAUAAACGUCUUGUGCUGGAUUGUUGACAAUGUCCGAAACUUUUUAAAAUUUGAUUUUCGCAUCAUAUACUCGCGCCGGCGAAAAUAUUUACCGCAUUAUUGAUAGGUACGCGACGGAACCUACUGCCCAAACCUAUUCGGGGAACUCGUACGGCCGCGGUUCCCGCGUGUCUAUUUUCUCACAUAUUGCGUGCGCGUACGCCUGUUUGUUUUGCACUGUGAGAGUAUUACACGACCAUUGUUAGUUGGACCCCUAAGGCAUUGUCUAGGUCUACACCUAGGUAGACCGAUCGAGUGUACGGUGGCCGACUAGAAAACCGCCGACCUUGACGCGUGUAACCACUACAACGAGGAUCCCCCGAUAAUUAUAUUGUAUUGUAAUUAUUGCUAUAUCGGCGAUAACAUUGUUAUUAUAAUAUAAUUAGCCGUACCUGCUCCGGAGGCGUCGUUACGCGGACAUUCGUUAUUAUACUUAUAGUAAGUGACGGCGCGUUUUUUACGCGUAUACUAAUUAAACGCGCAUUAAUCGCGAAUAAUAUCAUCAUCGGAUUCGCGGCCGGCCGUCUGUUGUCUACAAAAUACAAUAUCAGGUCCAGAAGGCGAUCGUUACCCCGCUAUUACCGCGCUGGAUCGCUAGACCGCGCGCGACCACUACUUUCGCCACGGCCGUCAUCACCACCGCCACCGCCGCGGUUUACUAUCACGCGGCCGCGGUCACGACUUGCGCGCGUAAACAACAAUAACAAUCGAAGUGCGACGGUCGGUAUUAAGUAUAUUGCCCCACACGACGGAUUUGCCGGUGUGGCGAAUUAUUAUUUAUUUUGUCGUUAUCCCAUCGUCGUACGCGCGUGACAUAUUAAGGGACGGCGGUUACAAUAGCAUCGGUGGUCACCGGGCUCAGAAGCGCACGCAAAUACCGUUCGAUCCGACCUUAUAACUAUAUUAUAACACGGCGAUAAUAUGCUACAGCAGCGCAGAAGCUCCAGACGGUUCGUGUUAUCCGAACUCCAGCGGACCAACAAGUCACUGUUACCCAACGACUAUGACGGAAGCGGUGGCGGUCACGAUGGCGGAAGUGACGAAGACAUCGCGGUGAACAACGCGGAUGAAGAUGGGCCGGCGACGGCGGCCGGCGAUUCGGACGACCCGGACGAUGGUUUCUGUAUACAGCUGGAACCGAUGAGCGCCCCGACCAAAAACAACGGAGCGGCCGCGAAGACGCCGCCGUCGCCGCUGGUGCAACCGCCCCGGCCGCGCAGGUCGUCUUUCGCGGUCAUGUCGCUGUACGAACGCGAAGAACCGCCGCCCUCCAAAAAUGAAAUAGCCCAGUGGAAAUCUAUUAAAAACCUCAAAGCCAGUAUCACGUAAGUCCUGCACUAUACCUGCACGGUUAUACGCGAUUACAAAGCCUCUUUCCUCCCCUUCGGUUAGGGUAGAGCAAAAUAUAUUAUCGAUACUCUAGGAAUGAUAUAUCGAUUUUAUGUCUGUGAUAAGUGCCUUAUCGAUAUUAUGAAUUAUUAUUUAUUUCCCUUUAUUUUUUUACUAGUUUUGACAGUCGAAAACGAUAGCAGAAAUUAUUAUCGGUUAUAACCUAGCCUAUAAUAGCCCGUAAUAAUUAUAGUCUAUGAAAUUCCGUAUCCAUCAAUUAGAAUUGAUGACUCAAUAAAAAAAAUUCAUACAAAUCAUAUUGUUUUUUUUUCAGACUUUCGAAUAGAAUAUUUCAAUUUAGUUUUCAUUUUUUUUUUUCAUGUUUUUCAUACACUACCUAAAAAGACACGGAAUUUUCGACUGACGGUGCAUUAUCGAAAACAUUUUUCCGAAUUCUAAACGAACUUUCAAAUAAACGUAUUUUUUUCAAUCAUAUUUCGAUAUGAUCGAUUAUCGAUUUUCGAAAAAUCAAAGUAUUGAAAGCGUUUAACACAACCUUAACAUCUAACUCGCUCCCUUACUCGCUGUUCGCAUAAUAUACGUGAUGACGAAUGGGAUUAGCACGGCGGUUUUUUCUCUUCCGUUUUCGUGUAUUAUUUUUUUAAUAACAGUGGUGUCGUUUAUUAGUUCGGGUUUAGUAUUAAUAUAAAUAUUAUGGUGUUUUUACAAGGUUAACAAAAAAAAAAAAAAAACACUGUUUCUAAGUGUGCCGAUUUUUUGCGUUCCGUCGCGGUUUAAAAAUUAUUAAUAAUUGCUGCGUAGGACAGUCCGAAAUGUGUAGGUCUGCAGCUAUGACGCAAUCGGAUUUUUUACUCGUCUAAACAGUAUUUUAUUUCAUUUUAUGAUACACGAUUUUAUAGUUGGAAAAAUACAAAAAAAUACCCUUAUGUAGAUAAUAAUACUGCACGGUUAAGUGCACACUGUUCGUCUCCCGCUUUUUAAAAAUACCCACUAUAAUAAUAUUAUUAUAUUGUUAUAGUACACAUAUCAUCGGUACCAUCAUAUUUUUGUCUAUUAUAAUUGGGACCUGGUACCAGACGUUUAAACUUUUUGCGUUAAAAUCGUAUUAUAUUCAGCGGUCGUUUUGAACGUUUUUAGCGCAUUAGGUUAAAGUUUAUUAUCGAAGUAAAUGCACUGAUAUACUUAACGACUGGAUUCACUAUUGGAUUUAGCCGUAUUGAAAACGUCCCCUGUUAAGGUCUUACCUGGGGAUGAUUUGGAGAGUUGUUCCCCCCCCCCUCUCAAAAUAACAUUUGUUGUUUUUGUUUUACAAUAUUGUAUUAAAUUCAUAUCAAAAAAUGUCAACAUUUUACCUUCAUCAAAUAAGAUUCUCCCUUACUUCUGAAUUUUAUUCUAGGUACACAUGUUGGGUUACUAGGUUGUACUUACGCUCUUCUAACUACCAAAUAAUGUUCAUUAUUAUUUUAAGCGUUUGAAAAUUAAACAAAUGACAAGUGACAUAAUAAAUUAUAAUUCAUUUUAUUUCGAGUUUUAUAUUGCGCUAGGCGCCCCAUAGUUUUAAAACGGUUUGGCGUCCCGGGGAAAAUGCUCCCAUUGCUCCCCCCUUUAACGCGGCCCCGUAUAAUUCCCUGGAAAUCAUUUCUUAUUUCAAUUUAGAUUUUGGCGAAAAUCGUAAGAAUUACAAAACACGUUUGAUCAAACUUUGCUCACAAUCGUAUUUCGUCGUUAAUGAUUUAUCUUUGCACUUAGAUAGUAAUUCGACGUAUCCUACCUUCCCAAACUCCCAUCAAAAACAGUGACACACCCUAAUCGGCUCUUUUUUUUUUGAAAUUUAAACUCGUCGAUCCGGUAUCCUUUGUAUUUGUUUAUUAUAUACGAGUAUCGUACGAAUUAAUAUCGUUGAAUUCGCACCGUGAAAUCGAUCACCGAAAUACUGGGUUGUAAUGACAAUGAUAAUUGGGUCAGACUAUGUAUACGAGAAAAACUGGUUAUUAUUAUCAUUCCUGUUUGUGGUCGGCAGCAAGUGUUAGUAUGUAUUACUUAUCUAGUAAUUUAUUGUUUCACGUUAAAAAAAAAUAAUAAUUUUAUUCAUAUACCUAUACUUAUAAUUACCUAUAUUAUUACUAUUUUUUACAUAUUAUACAUAUUGCAUUAGUCGGUCUCUAUAUACUCGUAUUUUUCAUGCGUACUCGCGCGUGUGUGAUAAUCGUUGGUUACGAUAACAUUAUGCAACCGCGUAGUCGUGUGUUAAAUAAUGAGUUGAAGAAAAUUUAAUUUAAAAAAAGAUGGAAAAAAAAAACAAAAAUUCUCAAGGAAAAAAAAAAUUAAAGGGUCUAAAUUAUUCAUACGCAUAAUAAUAAUAAUUACAUACGAGUUCGUAGCUAGUUACAUUAAUGCAUCGUCGUUAAUCUAAUAAUUGUAUAAUAUUGUAUUAUUAAUAAUUAGAAUAUUAUACGAUUUUUAUUGCGGUUGUAGGCCUACUAUGCGUAGCCGCAGUUGACUGCCGUCCAUCAAAUUUGAUAAUAAUAUCAUCAAUUCUAUGUAUAUUUUACGACAAUUAUUAAUAUUAAUUCGACUGAACUGCCGACAAAUACGUUAUAAAACGAUAAUAAUCUUACUUGCAAAAUAUAGUAAUACUCGUAUAAUAGUUACGUCUGUUGCUCAAAUGUAAAAAUAAUUGAUGAAGACAUUUCAGACAUCACUACAUACUGCUUACCAAGAAAAAAAAAAGAUGCGUUUUUAUCGUGGUUUGUUACACAAUAAUACGUAGACAAGGUUGACGAUGUGGUGAAGUGUCUAACAUUCUAAUUUAUUUAUUUUUUUACUUUUUGUUCUUGCCACGAAUUGGUUCAAGGGGAUUCGGUUGAAAUUCGUUUUUCUUUUCAACUGUAUCUACGCGUCUAUAUGAUUGGUCACAUAUACUUGAAACAUUUUUGGUGACCGUUCUCACCUUUUAUAUACCUAUGUAAUCUAUACAGAGUGUUCCGUACAACACUACGUUCAGUAUUUUAAAAAAACAUUAACUUUUUCGAAAUUUUUUUUUCUUUUGAUAACCUAUAUGUAACAAGCAGCUCUUAGAAGUUACAUUACCGUUAUUUUUUGCCAUCUUUUGUUUUUAAAAUAACCAUUUUACUAUUCACUACCAGAGAGUAGUGGAGCAUCAUUUGUGUGGCGGCAAAGUACGGGACGUUUGAACAGUGCUUCACUACUCUCCCCCUAUUUAAAAUUAAAAUUAUAAUAUCUCUUUGACGGGUUGACGGAAAUUAAAAAUCUCAGCACCAAAAUAUAUUUAAACUAAAAUCAUAAAAUAAAAAAUCAUCUAUUUAUGAUCAUUUUUAUUUUAUGUUGCCGUUUGAAAAUCAAAAAUCGACUCCUUAAAAUAAAAGUAUUUAAACAUUUUAGAAAAAAAUGUUAAAAAGAAAUUGUUAAAAAAGUCAAUACUUUUUUUCGAAAUAUCGAAUGUAAACAUUUUAAUGGUUUACCUUGAAUACAUGAUAAAUGAAAUAAUAUUUAUUAAUCUUUUUAGGUGCCUUGUUGGGUACUUUUCAAUCAAAAUAUGAUAAAUAGUAAAUUCCCAUGUAUUUCAUGAACUAUAUACCUAUAUAAUCUUUCAAUUUUUUUUCAAUCCAAGGAUAUCUAAAUUUUCAAUGUACAAUUGAAGUAUUUAUUCUAAGUGUCAGUAUGUUUCACUAUAUAUUAACAAUAAAUUCAUAACAAAAUAGUUUAUAUAAAUUUAAUUUAAAAUUUCAUAACGUUUCCCGCAGUUUUUACGGUGAAACAAAACAGUUUUCUUUUUGUUUUUGUCAUAUUUUAUUGUAGUGUCUCCGUACUUCAAUCAUCUUUAUCAGUUAAUCGUAUUAUCUGGUAUUAAUUAAAACUCAAAUCUCGGCACUUAAUAUUAUAGUAUAAAUAUGCACCGGAUGUGCUGAACAAAUUACCUGAUAUGGACGGUUUAAACUGUGAUUGGAGUACGGUUAACGCCGUUAAUCCCGUCAUUUUAAAACAUAAUUACUAUGCAUACAUACGUAGAUUGCUAUAAUUGCAUAGACGAUAUUAUAAUUAUUAUUGUGUAAAAGUCAAAUUAUUGAUAAAAUUAUAUAUGAGAACUCUUUAUAAAAAACGUGUAAAACAUUAUGCGUUACAAAACGCAUCGUAAGUAACAAAUAUGUUUUUUUUUAUUUCGCAAAAUCGCCUACCUAUCGAGAUAUGGGACUAAUUUCCAAUUUGAAACGGUCAGCAUUUUUAUUGUUGCAGAUUUAUUCUGGUUUUCCUUGUAAUUUUCUCAAUUUGCAUAAAUACUCCCCUCCCCAUCCCCUGUAAAUUUCGCCGGGAAAGUGUAUUUAUCUACUCUACCACUGACCGAGAGGGAGGACCGGAUUAACAUCUGAAACUACCGAUUUCAUUCAUACUGUUUCCUGUUUACUAAGAUAUGAUUGCGAUAAAUAAGUUAAUAACACCGGGCCGAGCCAGGUAUGAGGACAACUAGUUUUAACUUUAGAAUAACCCGUUUUUUUCACAAAGAAAACUCAGAAAUUAUUAUUUAUCGCUGAUAUUUUCUAGUUUUUGUUUACCAGUUUUCAUAAUUUAUGCGUAGUUCUGUACCCAUCGCGAUAUCGAUUUUAUUUCUAAAAAGAAAAAAUAAUAAAAUAUAGGGAGUUUGUAUUUUAAAUAAUAAAUAUGUGUAUAACAACUAGCUGUUUCCGUUUUUUUUUUUUUUUUUAUUGGAGGACGUCUGAAAUAUUUUUCUUUGAAUAUUUUAAAUGCUUAACGAUAAUUUAGUUAUUGCUUUAAUAUACAUUUGUCAAAAUUAAUAUUAUUGCGUUUUGUUUAUACAUUUCAAUUAUAUUAUAACUGUAUUAUAUUAUUAUUAUAUAUAUACGAGGGCUAAUCAAAAAGUAUCAAGACUGGUAGUAUUAUUCGGAAAAGGAGCAUCGAAGAGCAGUAGGAUUGGUAUCACUUGCUUCUAUGACUUUUUCUGAGUACAUUUGUUUUUAUUGCUUCUCUAUAAAAUUCUUCGGUUUGAUUUCACUGAUAUUUUUGUAAAAUAUAUUUUUCGAGUUUGGCGGUUUUGUAAUAAACCCAAAAGAAGAGUAACUUGACAGAUUUGGAGAUUUUAGAAAAUUUGUCUGCAUUUUUUUCCAGUUUCAGAGGGAUGCAACAUUUCAUGGUUUUUGCCAUUAAAUAUCAAUUGAAAAACUGAAAAUGUGCCCUCGAGUGGCAGCGAGUUCCGCUUCUUUUGGAUUCAUUACGAAAUUGCCAAACGUGAAAAACAAAUUUUAGAAAAAUAUCGUCAAAUCAAAACGAAGAAGUUUAUAGAGAUUUUAUACGAAUAGAUGUGCUCAGUAUAAGUCAUAGAAGCUAGGUUUACAAAUCGUUUUGCUCUUCAACGCUCGGUUUCCGAGUAAUAUUAUCAGUCUCGAUACUUUUUGAUUAGCCCUCGUAUAUAUAUAAUAGUAUAAUCCAUAUAUAGGUAAACGGUAUGAGAAUGAAUGUUUAUAAGGUAUAAGAUUAUAAUGGGAUCCAACUAAAAAUAAUUAAUUAUUAUUUUUAUUAUUUUUAUUCGAGGAAACAAUUCAAAGAGUUUUUAAUCCAAGGAAUAGUUAGAUUAACUAAAUGAUUGUAACUAAAUGUGAUUUGACACAUUUCAAUCAAUGUUCAAACUUCAUCAAAACGCAAUCGUACUUAUCGAAUUUUAUUAAUACGACCGAAUUUUCGUGAGUUCUUUAAUAUCUUAUAUUCGUAUAGUUUGUUGUUUUAAAAUUAAUUUCUUAUUAUGUCUUCAAUUAUUUAAUUCAAUUUUUUUUUUAUUUUAAUGUACUUAGGUAAUAUUUUUUAAAAAAACUGUGCUUUAAAAAUGUUUUCUCAUAGCUCGUCCGUAAUCGUGCGUAACAAUGACGUAGGUAUACAACAAAAAUUAUAAUUAGAUAAUUGAAAACCGUGUAAUAAUUUUUGUGAAAUAGUAUUGUGUAGUAUUAAGUAGUUAUUUUUUAUUCGUUUUGCGAUGUUUGCUUGUAAGUUGUAAAAUUAUUAUUUUUAAGUAAUAACAUUGUAAAGUAACUCAAACGUAUAUCAUCAUCAUGAUAUUGCACCCAUUUUAACGGUAUUAAUAUUCUAAGUUAAACAUGUCACGUUGACGCCUGGAUUAAGUUAUAGGCAAUAUAGGCACGUGCCUAUAAAAGGCUUAAAAGAUUAAAUAUACUGUGCAAUAAUAAUUUAAUUUGAUAGUGGUAAAGAUGGAGAUACAUUAAAUAUAGUUUCUUUUAAUGAUUUCGGUUUAUUUUCAAAGUAUUGAGGCUAGGAAAUAUCGAGAAAUUUAGCUAGUGCUAUUCUAAAAAUCAAAACUUAACAGCAAUCCUUUAUGAAAAUCAUGGAAAAUGUUUGCUUCAUUUUGGAAAAAUAUGCUGUAAAUUGAUUAAUAUUAUUACUAUUAAAAAAAUAUUUGUUCCAAUAAAAAAUUUAAAAAUGGAUCAUUAUUUGAAAAUUAGCUAUAAAAAGUUUAUAAAACUAAAAAUAGUAGCUGAGCAUUUAUGGAACACUGGUAUUCAUGAAUUGUAUCCCUACGUUUUAUUUUUGAACUCUCGGUAAAAUAUGUUAUUAUUUAACUUAGUAAAAAAAAAAAAUACAUUUAUUUUUACGAGCAAUGAAAAAUCUGUGCUAAACUUAACUAGAACUUUGAAUCUUUAAAAAUUUUAAUUCAAAAUUAUUUUUUAUUUAAAUUUACUACCGUUAGUUAUUUGAAAUAAUACAUUAGAUUGGUUGGUUUUUACCUGUAAAAUACAUUUUUAUUGUAAUCAUUUUAAAAUUGCGCCAUAAUAAUAAUAAUAAGCAAUAAUAAUAUUGUUAUUGUUACAAGUUGUCAGUAUUUGGAAAAUAAAUGUUUUUAAUUAUUUUUUUAUCAGAUAAAUUAAACCGAUACUAGAUAAUUACGUUUGAAAAAAAAAAAAAAAAAAAUUGCAAAAUCGAUGUAAAUUUUAGCGGUACUAUAGAAUUAUAUAGGAUUACAAUAAUUUUUAAUUUUAUAGAAUCGAUUUAAAGUAAAAAAAAAAAAACAACAUUUUCCAUUAUAAUCGGAUAAGUAGUAUACAAAUUAUAGGUACUUAUUAUAUUGUACCUGAGUUUGAAUAUUAUAGUUUUCUCACGUGCUCAUCUACGCGCUGUAUAUAUUAUAUAUUUAUUUUAAGAUUCAUUUCAUUGAAAUAUAAUUAUAUAAAUAAUAUUUGUUUGAAUCUUCAAAUGAUCCAAUUUAGUUUUAACAUUUCGAAGGAUACUUUCUCGCCCUUUAAUAACAAUUAAUUAAAAUUUAAUCUAACUAUUAAAGAUACAGCGGAGUUUUUCGUUGUCAUCACCGACUAUAAAAAUUGUUUGACUGUGGUUUACUGAACGGGAGACACGUUAACAUUUAUAACAUAUUUAUUUUUUUUUCAUUCAAUUCUGUGCAUGGGAAAAGUUGUACAGAAACAGCUAUCGACAGUAUUUUUAGAUUAAACAUUCCCUCUAUAUGUAUUAAUAAUACGAUUUGUUUGAAAUUCAUAAUGAUUCUGUUUAGUUUCUACGUUGAUCGGCAUCAGUUUCGAGAUUUAAAGUAGACCUUUCCCUUAUUUUGAAUAUCAAAUGGGCAAAAUUUCAUCAUGAUUGGAAUAAAACUGUGUAUUUGUGUAACGGACAGACAGAAUUUUAAUUGUAUACAUAGGAUAUUACAAUAUUUGGAUAAAUAUAAAUUAUAUGAAAUAUGUGAUUUGAUGAUUAGUCGUGCUUCCGUUUCAGUAUACCUAUUUGUAUUUUUUUUUAAUGAUUAAUUAAUCAUUAAUCAAUUACUUAUACUGUUUGGUAAAGUUCAACAUAAAUCAUCGUUCCAAAUAAUUUAAUAAUCGAAAUGAUAGACGAUGAGUUAAGCAUCAUUGUCUUCCCAUGUCAUUAAAUUGAUUAAACAUUAUUAUUAUUAUUUUCUAUUCUGUUGUUCCAUUAUUUUAUUGUUCAUUUUUAAGCUACUAUUUUGAUUGCAUCAUUAUUAAAUAACGUUGAUAUAGUUAAAUAUAUAUAUUUUUAAAUUUAAUAUCGGCCAGUCAAUAUUAAUUUAAAUAUGAUGUACUUACUUAUUUUUUAAUAUUACUUUUGAUCGCAUAAUUCAGUUAUUCUGUUAUUAAUUCGUAAUUAUUAGUAUGACUUCAACGUUACUUAUUAUUUUACAUUUUCAACUAUAAUAAUAAUAAUAAUAUGUUCAAUAUAUUAUUUAAAUUUAAUUACUAUAGGCAUUUAAAAUUUGUAUUGAAAUGUGUCUUUCUUCAUGGGAAACACUUUUGAAUUAUAAAAAUUAUUUUUUCACCAUUUUGUACCUUAAAAUUUGCUGAUUUUUUACGCAUUGGUACCUACUCUAUUUAAAAACAUUUUUUAAAUUCUUUCUAUUAUUUUAUACAUAGGAAAUUUAAAUUUAAAUUUUCGAAGCAGCUGAUUUACUAAAAAAAUAAAUGGUUUUGGUCUUAUAGAACUUGAGUAUAUAGUUUGAUGUUGUAAAAAGGUAGGAUUGUGUCGAUAAAGGUCGUUUGUAAGUUUCCAGAUAACCUUUUACCUCCUGUGCGUUUUAUAAAAUAACACUAAGUAUAUAUAUUGUAUUAUUUUUAAAUCAAUUCACAAGGUUAAAUUAUUUUUUUAAAUAAUAUAAUUUAAUUGAUUAUUAAGUAAAUAUUUUACUUACUAAAAAAUUAUUUAUUUUCAAACGGCUGCAAUGCAAAUAUCGUAAUCAUUUUAGAGAUUUUGUUUAAACUAUGCCAUUUAUUGAUUAAUCGUUUGUAACUUAUUAAUAAUAUCAGACCCCUAUAAUACUAUAGUAUAAUAUGGUAUACAUUCUGAGAAUUUCACUAUUAUCUGCGAAACAAAAAAAAAUAAAACACUUACAUUCUGAAUGUUUCCAAGUACAAGACAUAUAAUUAAUAUUACGAUAUUAUUAAUUUUUUAUAACUUUGUUUAAAAUUAUUAUUCUAGACGUUUGUACAUGAAUUACAUAUAAAAACUAAUCUUUUGAUAAUAUUAUAAUAUCUAAUAUACAAUUUAUUUUUAAAUUAUUGUACGCAGUCAAUACGGUAGUACUUCACAAUAUCUAUCUUAUUAAUUAUUAUCUACCAAGUUUCAAUAAAAAAUAUUUAAAGUUUGUUUUUUUUUUAGUUUAAAUUAUGACAAUAUCGUUGUACGAGUUAUCUUUUCGUUAUUUCGUGUAUACAAAUUAAAUGAAAAUAGACGAAGUUAUUCUGAGUUAUCUCGAAUAAUAUAAGAGAUGUUGAUUUUGUCAAUAAAUUUAUGUACAAUUUACUCCAAAUCUAGAAUAAUUUUUUUUAAAAUCUGCUUUAAAUCCGUAAUAUUAUUUUUAAAAAAAACAGCAAUUUCAAAAUGUUUAUUUCCACACCGAAAAGGUUAGAUUAUUUUCAAACGAAUUCCGACAAGUGGUUUUUACGAUUUAAGUCAAAAUUUAAAUUUAAGAAAAAAUUACAUUAAAUUUAACUUUGUUUUUAAACUCUGAACUAUAAUUCCUAGUGAAGUCCACCCCCCACCCCUUUGAAUUUUAGUUAUAACUAUUACUGAAUAGUGCUAGUGGGAACCAAAAAAAAAACCACCAAACCUUGCUAAGUGAAAUGUAGAAAUAUAUUACGAAACAAAAGUUAUUACACGUAUAAAACCAAUUAAUAUGAGAAGCCACUCAAUUUUUAAUAAGUUAAAAAAAAUUACUUGGUAAAAAUACGUCGGUAAACUAACGUAAAUUUACCGAGCCACAUCUGUUAAGUGUCACCUUAGUACAUUUCCGUAAAAUUGUCAGAUAAGUUAAGUGUUCAAUUACCUGCACUUGACUACCCCGUAAAUAAAUAUUGUGCACAGAUUUUAAUGAUGUUUAAUUAAAAUUAAAUGAAAAUUAAUAUUGUAAUUUAGAAACAGUAAUCCAAGCAUUGUGUAUCAGUUUUUCUAAAGAAAUAGACGUUGAUGAAAACAUUGAACUUGCUAUUUAGCACAAUUGAAAUAUACUCCCACUUCAUAAUUUUUUGAUACACAAAAAAUAAAAUGGCAGCGUAAAGAGCCGUGCUUUUAUUGGCUAAUACGAGAUCAGAAUUAGUAGAAAAAUAUUUGAACUGUUGAUAAUAAAAUAAACUAAAAUAUAUUUAAUGUCUGUAUUACAAAAUGAAAUAAUGUAUACAAUUUUAUGAUUGUCAUUACUUUAUCAUAUUGUUUAAUUAUUCAUAAUACCCAGGUUAAGUUGGGUUGAGUUAAAUAUCAUGUUAUGAUAGAAAUUAAAAGACGUCCUAGGAUAAUGGGGACGGGUGCAGCCACUGUUAUAGAUAAUUUAAUGUAUACCUCUAAGCAACAAUAAACCAUUGCUUACGAAAAAACGAUUUUGAGCGGAGUUCAGUUGAUAGUGAUAUUGUACCGAUUUUCCCAGUUUUUCUAUUUUUUUCCUGGUUUUUCUGUUUUAUCCCGGUUUUUCACAUGUGUUGAGAAAAUCGAAAAAUGACCUCUUUAAAGUACCUCGUUAGUGAAAUUUUCUUUAAGAAACAUUGCUAUCAUUAAAAUUUGGAACAAAAUUUCUGGUAGAAAAGUUAUGCAUAGAAAAAAUGGAGGCCGUAAUAUAUUUUAACUAAUACAGUGGUCGCCGAUUAUAGUGAUCACAUUCGUCCGAGAAUAUUCUGAUCACUAUAACUGGAAAUCACUAUAAGCGGUGAAUCAAAAACAGGUAUAAAAUAUCGGAAAAAUAAUUAAUUUUACACAUUUACAUACAUAUGUUUUAUAGAUUCUUUCAAAAAAGUUAUUGGUGUACGCUUAUUUUUUUUUUUUGUAUAGAUUUAUUGGGAUCCCGAAGUAUCACUUUGCCAACUUACCACAAGUUGCGUCACUGGUUUAAAUUGCUUCAGUCAUGCAAUUUAUUUGUCAAUCUGUCAGUCAUUAUCAGUCGUAUACAUAUAGGGUCAGUCUUGAAUGACAAUCAACGUAAUUGACAGUCAAGACUGAUAGUUUAUGGGGGGCUUUAGGUGGGUUACACUUAUAUUAGAUUAGAUUAGGUUCGUAAAUUAAUAAUCGUCAGAUUUUUCUUCAUUUUUUGUAUUAUUGUAUAAUUUCUAUUUCUGAUUCGACUAUUUCUGAUCACUAUAACCGAAAAUCUGAACACUGUAAGUAAUGAAAGAUGCAUUAAUAAUUACUGUUUGUUCCGUUCCUGGCAUUUCUGAUCACUAUAAGCGGCUUAUUAUUGUAACCAGUGAACACUAUAAGCAGCGACCACUGUACCUAUAUUUCUUAUAUUUUCCUGUUUUUAUUCGGUUUUUCGCAUUUUAUUAGAAAACUCUUAGAAAAAUCGAAAAAUAAUUUGCCUAAAAUACCUCCCUACGCCUAUUUCUUUUCAGAAAAGGUGUUACACGUAAAAUUCCGAGUAAUUUUUCUGGUAGAAAAGUUGCGCAACAUUUUUUAAAACUAUAAGCUUCUUCGCUCCACUCAGAAUCUAAAAUACUAUCAUGUGUUGUCAUUUGUUGUCAACAAGUGAUAUUUUUAAACAUUUAAUUUAAUUAUAUUAAAAUAUAUAACAUAAUAGUAUAUUAAAUUAUUAUUUAUGUAUAGGUACUUGGUUUUGUUAAUAAAUUGUUACAAUUAAAUUAAAGAAAAUAAAUUAGGAAAUUGAUAAGAAACUGCCUCUUUACACCUCCAUUUUUUUUUCUUUUAAUAUCAAAAAUGCUUUUUGCAAUAACCUUGUACAUUUCAAUCAUGUUAUUCAGUUUGAAACACGUCCAAAAAGUAGGGGUUCCUAUCAUGUAGGCAUAAAAAGGAAACUGUAAAGAAACAUUGCUGGUACCACUGUGCUAUGAAGCUUUUCGUACCAAAGAGAAUGGGAGGUCGUUUACCUUUACCAUUUACCUUAAUACAUGUGAAAUGGCGACCACAGUGUCAUUUUAAACAUGAAUGUGUACCUCUUGUUUGUUUCCACCUCUGUACAAAAUCGCAAAGAGAUUUUCCCAAUUUGAGACCUUGAAUCUGUGUGUCUAUAAGGUGAGAUGAAUAAGGAUAAAUUAAGAAAGUGGGUCCAUGAAUUUAAGGAAGAAAGAGUAGAUGUUUAUGAUUUUCAAAGAAGUGGACGCCCCUCCAUAUUGACUAUCAAGGUGUUUGAAAAAGUUGAAAAUUUCAAUUCGGGUUUGGUUGGAAGGUUUGACCCAUCUACCACACAGUCAGAACUUGACUCCUUCUGACUAUCAUCCAUUUUACCAAAUUGAAUGAAGCUUUAGGAGGGGAACACUAUGAAAAUGACCAUGACAUGACAUGACAUUGGCUGUGUUGAAUUCGGGAAAGAACGUGGAACUUCAUAAAUUUUAGAUUAUAAUUUUACUUAUAGAAAUUAUAUAAAUACAAAUACAAAUUUAUUAGAAAAAAAGGGUUAAUAAUGUUAUUUUAAAAAUAGUUAAUAUUAAAAUAGCUACAAAAUUAAAUUCCAAUUAAGAUAAUACAGUGGAUAAAAAUAAAUAAAACUGGCAUUUAGAAAUAAAAAAAACUUUUUUUAAAUUUUUUAAUCCAGUUAAGUGUUGGUCACUAGUCACUGAACAAUGAAUAUUAUUGAGUUAAGUUUUACCAUUUAAUAAAAUGAGAUUAAAUAGUACUUCAAAAAUACUUCAGCAUUUCAAAAAUAAAAACUGUUAUCAAUAUUUGUAGAGGAUUAAAAAUAAUUAUAUAGUUCAUAAUGUGUAUGUAUGGUUUAUAUUUAUAUUUAUAUAAAAUAUAAAUAUAAUUUCUAUACAUAACUUUAGCAUUUUAAUAUUAGUUUUUAUUUAAUUUUAUUAUUUCACUUGAAAUUAAUCAAACAAUGAAAAACACUUUUCAAUAUUCUAUUCACACUUAGGUGUACAAAAGUCAAAUGUUGUAGAGAAUGUGUUAACUUUUUUUUUUAAUUAAAAGAGAUUUCUAUUAUUUUGUUUUUUAAAAAGAUAAAUUUAUAUACUAAUAAUAUUAUUAAUAAUCCUAUUUUUUAAUUUGAUUAUAGGCCUAGUAUGUCACAAGGUAAUGUCAUUCAUCAACGACUUACUGAAAAAGAUUUCAAUGUGAGCACUCCUGAAGAAUUUGUGAAACGGUUUAAAGGAACAAGAGUCAUCAAUAAGGUCAAUUUCAAUUAUUAUUAAUGCUUUACUUAAAAUGGUGUAAAUUAAAUUUAUUCUAUUAAUGAUAUUAUAGGUUUUAAUUGCCAACAAUGGUAUUGCUGCAGUUAAAUGCAUGAGAUCUGUUCGUCGAUGGUCUUAUGAAAUGUUCAGAAACGAGAGGGCUGUACGGUUUGUAGUAAUGGUUACACCAGAAGAUCUUAAAGGUACCUAACCUAUCUAAUAUACAAUAUCUUAGUUUAUUUUUUUUCAAAUUAUUAAAUAUUAAAAUAUAGUGUUUUAUUACUUCAUAAAAUUACUUGUCCCUUUAAGUUGAGGUUGUGGUGGGAUAGGGAGUUACAAAAUACUUAUGACUAAACUAAGGUAUAUAUCGUUAUAACUAAUAAAUUAGACUUAUACAUUAAAAAGGUUAAUUUCAUUUAAAAAUGGGCAUUGUAAUACUAAUUUAAAAAAUAUUAACUUAACUUAUUAAAUAAUACAUUAUUUAUACAAAUACUUUAAUAUGAAUAGCAUUAUUUAUAAUUUUUUUAUAAUUGGCAAAGAAUUAAAAAUUAUAGGACCUAGAUAAUUAAUACAUUUAAGACAAAAACUUGUAUUUGUAUAUAGAACUUUUAUAUUGAUCAAUAUAUAUUUUUUUUUUUAAGAGCAAUUUAAUUGGAAACACUUUAAAUUCUUUAUAAUUAGAAUAGGUUGAUUCAAUAAGAUUGUUCUUAUUUAAACAUAGAUAAAUUGCAUUAUUUGGUUGUACCCUUAAGAGAUGAAGAACAUUUUUAUAUGCACACCCCCCCCCCCUCCCUAUUACCAUGUUAUGUUUUAUUAAAAAUUUGUUUAAAGAAAUAUACCAAAAUAAGAUAAUAUUAAAAAUAAUAUAGAUUUUCUUUAAAGUACUAGGUGAAAUUAUAUAUACUUAUAUUUAUAAAAUUUAAAAAUUAUAGAAUCCAACCUAAUUACUAAAUUAUUUAUAUGAAGACUACACUUAAGGUUACAGUAAAAUAAAAGACAUAUUUAUAUUUAAAUAGAUUUUUAUAAAUGAAAAUGGCUGUCUAAAAUGUUCUAUGUAAUAUUUCACUACUUUUUUUUUGUAAUAAAAUAACUAAUUAAGCAAAAAUAAUCAAUAUGUUUGUUGUCCAUAAUAUUAUAUUUGUUUUAAUUUAUUAUUACAUAGUUUCAAUGUUUAUAUAUUUUUUAUUUUAGCUAAUGCUGAGUAUAUUAAAAUGGCUGAUCAUUAUGUUCCGGUCCCUGGAGGGACAAAUAACAACAAUUAUGCUAACGUUGAACUUAUUGUCAAUAUAGCCAUUCGGUCCCAAGUGCAGGUAAUUAUUCUUGUUUACAUAACCAGGGUAAUAUUUAAAUAUAAAUUACUAUAAAUGUGUGAAUCUGUAUUUUACUAGGCUGUAUGGGCUGGUUGGGGACAUGCAUCUGAGAAUCCAGAACUUCCCAAACUGUUAGAUAAAAAUAAAAUUGCUUUCAUUGGACCUCCAGAAAAAGCUAUGUUUGCUCUUGGUGAUAAAAUUGCUUCAAGUAUUGUUGCACAAACUGCAGAAAUUCCAACAAUGCCCUGGUCUGGUUCAGGUAAAUUUGUUGUGUACACAUAUAAAUUAUAAUUUUAUAUACACUAUUAUUAAAAUAUUUAUUAUAUCAAUUUAUGUUUUUAUUAGGUGUGACUGGUCAUUACUCUGGUAAGAAAAUUGAAAUCGGACCAGAUUUGUACAAAAAAGGAUGUGUCGCAACAAUAGAGGAAGGUUUAAUAUCUGCUGAAAAGAUUGGGUAUCCAAUUAUGAUUAAAGCCAGUGAAGGUGGUGGUGGCAAAGGUAUAAGAAAAGUAGAAAAUACAGAUGAUUUCCCUAAUGCAUUUAAACAGGUAUUUAAAAAUCAUACCUAACAAUUAUAAUUUUGUUAUAAGUAUUAUAAAUAAAAAUCUAUUUAUAUAUAUAUAUAUAUAUAUAUAUAUAUAUUUAUAUGUAUAUAUAUAUACAUACAUAUAUAUAUAUACAUAUAAAAAAUAUAUAUUUAUAUAUAUAUAUAUGUGUGUGUGUGUGUGUGUGUAUAUAUAUGUAUAUAUAUAUAGGUUCAAUCUGAAGUUCCCGGAUCACCAAUAUUUAUAAUGAAAUUAGCUAAAUGCGCUAGGCAUUUAGAAGUGCAACUCUUGGCUGAUCAAUAUGGUAAUGCCAUAUCGUUAUUCGGGCGUGAUUGUUCAAUUCAAAGAAGACAUCAAAAAAUUAUUGAAGAGGCUCCAGCAGUAGUUGCAGAACCUGAUGUCUUUGAAGAUAUGGAGAGAGUAAUUUAUAUUUUUUCUUUCUAAAUGUAUCAUUAAUAUUUAAUACUAAUUUAUUUUAUUUUAGGCAGCAGUUCGUAUUGCUAAAAUGGUUGGUUAUGUUAGUGCUGGUACAGUUGAGUACUUGUAUGAUACAGAAGCUGGAAAUUAUUACUUUUUAGAGUUAAAUCCUAGACUGCAAGUUGAACAUCCAUGCACAGAAAUGGUAUCUGAUGUUAAUUUACCAGCUGCACAACUGCAAAUUUCUAUGGGAUUACCCCUUAACUGUAUCAAAGAUAUUAGAUUACUUUAUAGUGAAUCUGCAUGGGGAGAUAGUUACAUUGAUUUUGAUGCACCAAGACAUAAACCUCAUCCGUGGGGUCAUGUAAUAGCUGCUAGAAUUACUAGUGAAAACCCUGAUGAAGGUAAUUAUCACACCCAAAACUAUUCCUUAUUUAUUAAUUUUAUACAUAAUAUAGCUAAAUAAUUUUUAGUAAUUUAAUGCAAAUAUAAUUUAUUUGUACACCUAAAUUUCAUUGAUAUUAUGUCUAAAAAUUAAUUGAUCUUUUAAAAAAAAUUCAAGUUAUUUUUAUAUUCAACUUUGGUAUAAAAAUCUGAAAUUACAUUUUAAGUUAACAACAAACAUAAGCCAAUUUUAAAUUAUUUGCAAUCCUUUAAUUUUAUAAUAUAUAUUAUAAAUAUUAUAGACAAAUAUAUUUAGUUUCGUGUCAUUUUUUUUUCCAUCAAACUUAUUUAUUCAAUUUAUAGUAAUAUUCAUUAUUGUUUUAUAUUUUGUUAUUUUUUUUUUUAGGUUUUAAACCUAGUUCUGGUACUGUACAGGAAUUAAAUUUUCGUUCUUCAAAGAAUGUUUGGGGAUAUUUCAGUGUAGCUGCUUCAGGAGGUUUACAUGAAUUUGCUGAUUCUCAGUUUGGUCAUUGUUUUUCAUGGGGAGAAAACAGAGAAAUGGCCAGAGAGUAAGGAUUUUUUUAUACACUCAAAAUGUAAUCAACAAUUAAUACUUGCCUUAUAUUUUUUCUUUAUUUUAAUAGAAAUUUAGUUAUAGCACUUAAGGAACUGUCCAUCAGAGGAGAUUUUAGAACUACAGUUGAAUAUUUGAUUACACUUCUGGAAACUGAAGCAUUUCAGGUAGACACUAUUUGUGUAAACCAAAUAUAUAAUUAUGAAACUUGAUAAAUUAUAAAACUAUUUCAGAACAAUAAAAUUGAUACUGCUUGGUUGGAUCAAAUGAUAGCAGAGCGAGUACAAUCUGAAAAGCCAGAUGUAUUGCUUGGAGUCAUCUGUGGAGGGCUUCAUAUUGCUGAUCGUACUAUUUCUGAAUCAUUCCAAAACUUCCAAUCAUCUUUAGAACGGUAAAAUAUUUCAGUUUCUAUUUUGCAAAACAAAUUUAUUAAUAUUUCACAAAGGCUGAAUAUAUAUAAAUAUUUAUCAUAUUGUCAAUAUUAUCUGUUCUUUUUGUUCUAUAUAUAAAUCCUUUGGUUCCAAAUAGGUCUCUAAUGUCUGAUUCCAAUACAAAGUUAAAUAAUAAGAUGAGGAAAGUGUAUCACCUUGUCUUAACUCUGUAGUCAUAAUAAAUUCCUCCAAUAAGAUGACUUAAAUUUUGUACCUUGAGUUUUGCAUUUAUGCUUUUACCAACCUUAGCUGGUAUUCCUAUUUGGACCAUUAUAUUACAUACUUAUUAUUAUCCAAUCAUAGGCUUGCUUGGAAUCCACAAUUGAAAUAUAUGUAUUUAUAUCAAAUUCAUAGCUCUUCUCCACUAUUUGUUUCAUAACAUUUAUUUGAUCAGUUGUGGAUAUUCCAGGUUAAAAACCUACUUGAAUAUCUCUACUAUCUCUUUAAGCAUAUAAUUAUAUUCCCUUUUAUUGCAUAUUAAAAAUAGUACUGCCACCUGCUAUUGUAUUUGGUUUCUUCUCUUCUUGUUUUAUUUAUUUAAAAUUAACCAUCAGAAUACUUCCUGAUUUCUUUAAGUUCUAAUAUAAUUAAAUCAUUUUUCUUCCCUUUAGCAUUCUGACCACCAUUUUAACCUCUUCCAAUGAUGCUGUUUUAAUGCUCUACAGUUUCAGUAUUGUUGCAUUCCUAUUCCAUUUGUAAUGUUAUAUUUAGUAUUUUUCAAAAAACCUUAUUGAAUUUUUUUUUUUAGCAGUUGUUAAUAUCCCUUCUUUAUCUUUAAUUAUCACUGAUAUUAGUCUGAUAUUCACUAUUUUAACUAAAUAAUAAUAAGAAAUUUAAAACCAUAAUAAUUAAAAAUUGUACACCUUCAAAAUGAUGAGCUGAUAAUAUUUUGUUAUUUUUUUUUAUCAUAACUAACUAGUUUCACUGACAAAUGUAUGUCAUUAAUAUAGUAUAUAUAGUAUGUGAUCAAUAUUAUGUAAUAAAAACUAUUCAAACUAUUAUUAGUAUUUGUUACUUAUUAUUAUCAUUUAUUUUUACAGUGGUCAAGUUUUAAGUGCUAGUACACUAGAUCAUCAUGUAUCUGUAGAACUUAUACAUGAUGGAUUUAAGUAUAAAACUCAAGUCACAAAAUCUGGACUUAAUUCAUAUUUCCUCAUUAUGAAUGGUUCAUUUAAAGAAAUUGAAGUCCAUCGGCUUUCUGAUGGGGGUAAGUAAAAAUUAUAAUAUUACUUUUUUAUAAUAUGCUCUCAUUUUAAUAUGAAUAUUGGUUUUGUAUUUUUUAUUUAGGAAUUUUACUUUCAUUGGAUGGAUCAAGUUUUACUACUUAUAUGCGAGAAGAAGUAGAUAGAUAUAGAAUUGUAAUUGGCAAUCAGACUUGUGUUUUUGAAAAAGAAAAUGACCCAUCUUUAUUAAGAUCACCAUCUGCUGGUAAAUUAAUAAGUUUUCUUAUAGAAGAUGGAGGUCAAGUAAAAAAAGGUCAAGCUUAUGCUGAAAUUGAGGUAAUAUAUUUAAUUCAGUUCUGUAAUACAAUAUUAAUAAUUUUUUUAUGUAUGUUUAUAUAUAUAAUUAGGUCAUGAAAAUGGUGAUGACAUUAACCGCAACAGAGAAUGGUCGUGUAUAUUAUAGUAAACGACCUGGAGCUGUUCUUGAUGCAGGCUCAUUAAUUGCCACACUAGAGUUGGACGAUCCAUCUUUGGUUACAAAAGCAGUUGAAUAUAAAGGUCAAUUUCCUGAACUUGAUGGAACUUCACAUAUUUAUGGAGAAAGUCUUAAUAACAUUCAUACUUGCUACAGAAACAUGUUAGAUAAUACUUUAGCUGGCUAUUGUUUACCAGAACCCUAUCAUCUUGUUCGUUUAAGAGAAGUUAUUGAAAAGUUUAUGAACUCUUUGCGAGAUCCCAGUUUACCUUUAUUAGAGUUACAGGUACAGAAUUAUUAUUUUUAAAACAUCUAAGAAAAAAUAUUUAUUUGAUUGAUUCAUAAUUUAAUAUAUAUUUAAUAGGAAGUAAUAUCAUCCAUAUCUGGAAGAAUUCCAAAAGCUGUUGAUAAAAAAAUUAAAUCAUUAAUGAAGCUCUAUGAAAGAAAUAUUACAUCAGUGCUUGCACAAUUCCCUAGCCAACAAAUAGCUGCAAUUAUUGAUGGGUAAAUAAUAUUUUAUUAUAAAUUAACUAUUUUAUUACUGUGUUUAUUAUAUCAAUAGUCAUGCUGCUACUCUACAAAAACGAACAGAUCGUGAUAGUUUCUUCCAGACUACCCAAGGUAUUGUACAACUAGUGCAAAGAUAUAGAAAUGGAAUUCGUGGUCGAAUGAAGUCUGCAGUUCAUGAACUACUGAAACAAUAUUAUGAAGUAGAAAGUCAAUUUCAACAAGGUAAGUUGAUAUGUGUAUACACAAUUAUUAUUUUCUUUUUUUAUAAUUUAAAUAUCUCAUAGGAAGUUACGACAAAUGUGCUACUGCAUUGAGAGACAGAUACAAAGAUGAUAUGGCUGCUGUUACUUCAACAAUAUUCUCACAUACUCAAGUAGCAAAGAAGAAUAUGCUAGUGACAAUGUUAAUUGAUCAUUUGUGGUCAAAUGAACCUGGUUUAACUGAUGAGUUGGCUGCUACACUAAAUGAGUUGACUUCCCUUAAUCGCAGUGAACAUUCUAGAGUUGCUCUGCGUGCAAGACAAGUAAGUUUUUUUUUUUAAUGAAUAUUAUACAUUUAAAUGAAUUGUUACAAAAUCAAGAUGUAAAAACCUAGAUCAACAUUUGUUUAGACAGCUACUACCUAAUUAUUAAACAAAUAAUAUAUAUAAUAAAACAACCUUUAAGGAAAAACAUUAUAGAUUCUAGACUGUAGAGUAUUUAUUAAAAAAAAAAAAUAAAAAACUGAAAACCACCAGUAAUAGCAGUAAAAACUGUUUAUGCAGUGGUUUUUAUAUUAUAUAUAUAUAUAUAUAUACAUAGGGUGAUUUUUUUUUCACACCAGCAAUUUUAUCAGAGUAUUUUAACUGAAUUUGAUAUCUGUUUUUCUAAUUAUUAUGAAAUUGUUUAAGCUUUAUUUUAAAAUCAUUUUUAAUAUUUUACCCUUACUCCAAAUACCUUAAAUAAGUACAUUGUUUUGAUUUUCAAAUAAGAACUCUCUCCCCCUUUUGAACACAGAUUUAAAUAAAGAAUAUUUUUCUAGAAAUUUUGAUAUGCAUAACACAAAUAUUAGAUUUAACGUUUAUGAGUUAUAACAGUUUUAAGUUUAGACCAAAGGACUGUGGAAGGGUAUUAAAUUGCCUAUCUGUAACACUUUUUUGUUACCUUCUUGAUUUAAUUUCAUAUGGUGUCAUUGCCAAAACUUUUGAACCAUUUUUGAACUUUUAAGUAAUUUUAAUUUUUGAUGUAAUUCGGUUAUAAACAUGAAGAGAUUUGAAACUUGGUUAUACUACCUCUAUUGGACUUACCUAUAUGUGGUGAAAUUUCCAAAAUCAUCCUAUGCCUUUUUUUAUUUAAUAAGCCUUUUGGAAUUAAAUUUAAACAAAAAUUUGCAAUUAAAAAAUUAUGGCACUUCAAAUUAUAUAUUACUGAACUGCGCUUACAUCAAGUAAUGUUUUAUCGUUGCUUACAGAUAUAAAUGAAAUAACCUUAUGUAUCCUAUCUUCCCUAUAUCUCAUCUACAACAGUGGCUGCUCACAUUCUCAGUAUCAGCUCUUUUUUAUAAUUUAUAUUAUUAUUAUAUUUUAAAAAUUGUUUAAUUUUCUAAUGAUUAUAUUAAAUAUAUAAUAUUGUGGUAAAAUUUCAACUAUACUAGAAAUAUGUCUAUAUAUCUAGUAUCAGUUCUCUCUCUUUUUUUUUUGUUUUUAUAUAUAAAUAUUUAAGAUAAUUAUUUGUUUAUUAUUAUUAUUAUUUAUCAUUAUUAGUAAAAUAGUAUUUUUGAAUAUUCCAUUAAAAUUGUAUUUAGCAUUAUUGAUUUAAAUUGAAAAUUUUUUAGGUUCUCAUUGCUGCACAUCAACCAGCAUAUGAGUUAAGACAUAACCAAAUGGAAUCAAUAUUUUUAUCUGCAGUGGAUAUGUAUGGACAUGACUUUCAUCCAGAAAAUUUGCAAAAACUUAUUCAGUCCGAAACGUCUAUAUUUGAUAUUCUCCAUGAUUUCUUUUAUCAUUCAAACCGUGCAGUCUGCAAUGCUGCAUUAGAAGUAAUUUAGUAUAAUUUAACAUAAUUUAUCUAUAUUAUAAUAAAUAUAGUAAUAGAGUAAUAUUAUAAUACAAUUUAUAAUUUGUUGAUAAGGUUUAUGUAAGACGUGUUUAUAUAUCUUAUGAACUAACAUGUUUACAACAUUUGGAACUAUCUGCAGAUAGUAUACCAAUUCCAUUGGUACAUUUUCAAUUUCUUCUGCCAUCUUCUCAUCCUAAUCGGUAAGUUAAUUUAUUUUUUAUAAAAAGCUUUACAGCAGUGUUUCCCAACCUUUUUGAAAGUAUGGAUUAAUUAGAGAAUUUUCAUUGAAUCAACUUUGUUUUGAGUAAGAUAAUUUUUAUUUUACAUUUCUUAUUCAAGCUAUAUUAUAUAAUAUAAAACUGCCAUUAUGCUUAAUGGCUUAUUACCACUACAUAUAGAUUGUAUAAUUUUCUUAUUAAAAAAUAAAAAAUGUAUAUAUUAUUAACAUAAAUAACUUAUUUUUCACAGAUUAAUUGCUAUGUUUUAUUAUUAUAAUUUAUUAUGUUAAUAAUGACAAUAUAGUUUGAUUUUUGAGCUUGACUUUUCUUAACAAAUUUUGAAAUAGUUUUAAGAUGGACAGUGAUUUUUCAGGUCUAUAUGUGCAUUUUAUCACCUGCAUUCAACCCAAGAUAUACUGGUUACACUGAGGCUUGAUAACCAGACCCCCCUUAGUGUCUUUUGCUUUUAACCAAUAAGAAAUGUCUUAUAGUAGUGGCUCUAUAGUAACUGUGAAAUGAACUGAUGCAGUGACGAUUAAUAAAUAAUAAUAAUCACAUUAAGAUAUCUUAGUUCUUUAUGAGCGCUUGUUGUUUUAUUAUCAACAGAUUAUCCAAGACCUUUAAGAACUAAAUUUUAUGUUCUUGUCAUAGCUUGCUGUGGAACCAAUAUAUCUUUAAUAGUGAUCCAACCUGAAUAUGUUUUUUAUUACGACUUAGCUAUUACUAUUAGCAGACUUAAAAAUUCUCGCUCACAUAAAUAUAUAUUAGAAAAUACUAUAUUAUAUAGAACAUUUACAUUAUGUUAUUUAUUUUAUUAUUAUUUUUUUCUUAAAUGUUUUAAAACAUCUUCCUCACUGUAGACCAAUAACAAAAUCUAUAAAUCACCUAUUGAGAACUAUUGUUUUAAAGUAAAUUUCUAUAUGUUCUGUACAUAGUCAACAAAAUAAAAUUGGGUCAGAAAAUGUUGAAUCGCCCAACAAGACUCCAUUCCCAUACAUUCCGACUUACCAAAGAACUGGUUGUAUGGCAUCAUUUGAAUCAUUCACUCAAUUUGAACAAUAUUUUGAUGAAAUCCUUGAUAUUAUGGAAGAUUUCUCUUCUCCUGUAUAUGUCUCUCCAAAAAUUAUUGAUGCUAUAGAGAGUGGUAGCGAAUCUAGACUAAGCUCAUCUCUUAAUGUCAGCUUGUCUGCUAGUGAGUCACGUCCCCCCACAUCAGAUCAAGAAAAUAUGCAGGUAAUUAAAUUUAUACAUAAUGUAACACAAUAUAUAGUUUUGAACACAAAACUUAUUUAUAUUUUCAGAUGGAACCUUGCCAUAUUUUGUGUAUAGCCAUGAAAGAUACUGGAAAUAUGGAAGAUGAUAAACUUGGUAAGAUGUAUGAAGACUUUUGUCAACAACGCAGAGAAGAGUUGAAGAAAAGAUCAAUCAGGCGUAUAACAUUCUUGGCAUUAAAUAAGUAAUUUAAUUUUUGUUUAUUUUUAUAUUCCAUAAAUUUGUUAUAACCGGUGACUAUUUCUGUUCAAAAUUAAAAUCAGUUACAAAAAUGAUGAAAUUCAUUUGGUUUCACUAGUUACACUGUUUACAAAUCGGGUGAUCAAAUUUUGUGACCAUUUCUGAUAGAUUUUUCAUGAUCUCUUCCAGAAUUAUUAAUUCUUCUUGUCAUCUUGUUAUCAUUAUUAUUGUGUCUAUUUAAGUUUUUGCUGUCCUUGUUUUGUUGUCUAUCAUACAAAAUUAGUAUCUUUUAUAUUUCUUAUUAUUUUGUAACAAUGGGUUGCACUACAAUAGAAAAGGUAAGUCAUCUAUUAAGGAUGUAGGAAGUUUAAUGAAUAUCUUCUCUACUGAAUUAUAACAGUUCCAAAAUGGUCUACUAUCUACUAUGAAUUACUAAUAUGUGUUACUAAGAAUUUAAUUUCAUAAUUUCUAAAAUAACCAACCCGAAAUAGUUGGGAUGAAGGUGCAGGAGAAGAAAAAUUUUCCAAACAAAAAAGUUUUUAAGAUAUAAUUAAAUAUUUGAAUAAAAGAUUGUUAUUAAAUUGUACAUUUAAUCUUAACAAACUAACAUAGUGAAAAAUUAUUUAUUUAAAUCUUAUUCUUGAAGAAUAUGUAUAUACACAUUUAUUAUAAAAUUUGAUUUGUUUAUUUUUAUGUUCAUAUUUAUUUUUAGGAGACAAUUUCCUAAGUUAUUCACUUACAGAAACUAUGACAACUUUGCAGAGGAUAGAAUUUAUCGACAUCUAGAACCUGGCAUGGCUUUCCAAUUAGAAUUAAACAGAAUGAGGACUUAUGAAUUAGAAGCUUUGCCGACAUCAAACAGAAAAAUGUAUCUUUAUUUGGGAAAGGCUAAAGUCAGUUUCUAUUUUCUAACUAAUAUUAUGCAUUGUAAAAGUAAAAAUGUAUUUGUCUUACAGGUUCCAAGGGGUCAAGUUGUAACUGAUUAUAGAUUCUUCAUACGCUCCAUUAUAAGACAUCAAGAUUUAAUUACAAAGGAAGCUUCAUUUGAGUAUCUUCAAAACGAAGGAGAGCGUGUUUUAUUGGAAGCUAUGGAUGAAUUAGAAGUUGCUUUUAGCCACCCACAUGCACGUAGAACAGAUUGCAAUCACAUAUUCUUGAAUUUCGUUCCUACUGUUAUUAUGGAUCCUGCUAAAGUAAUUAUAUAGCAGAAAUCUUUUCUUUUAAAUAUUAAAAAUUUGUGUUGUGUUCUAUUUAUAGAUUAAAGAAAGUGUAACAAAUAUGGUGAUGAGAUAUGGUCCACGUCUUUGGAAAUUGCGAGUUCUUCAAGCAGAGCUUAGAAUGACUAUUCGUCCUUCACCAACCAGUAAAACAUCAAAUGUUCGUUUAAGCCUUGCUAAUGGCAGUGGUUAUCAUUUAGAUAUAUCUUUGUACAAAGAGGUUACCGAUUCAAAGUUGGGAGGAAUGGUAAAUGAUUAAUAUAAACUGUGACAGGCCUAAUCUUACAUAAUACAUGUGAAGUGUCUAAUAAUUUUUGUUUUAAUAAAUCCUAAGAUUAAAUUUGAAUCAUUUGAAUCAAAGCAAGGACCUUUACAUGGACUUCCAGUUUCUACUCCUUAUGUUACCAAAGACUUUCUACAACAAAAGAGAUUCCAAGCUCAAAGUGCUGGUACAACAUAUGUGUAUGAUAUUCCAGAUAUGUUUAGACAAAUGGUUGACACUUUAUGGCAAGAAUACAUCAUAGAACACCCAAAUGGUAAUUACCCAAUUACUCUAUUUAUUUUAUUUGCAGUAACCAGUUGGCAUUAUGUAUUUAUAUAUUUUUUGUUGCAAUUUAGCUAAAAAUAUUCUUUGGCUUAAAAUUUAGACAGAAAACUUAUAUUUGAAUUUUCUGUAUGUGGUCAAAUUUUCCAUAUAUUUUAGCCAUUUUUAAACUAUUUGUAGACAUUAUAAUUUUUGCGAAAUAAAAUUAAUCGGUACUCUGUAAAUAAAAUUGUUAGACCAAAUAUAAAUACUUGACAAUUUAAUAGGAAAUUCAUUAUAACUUGUACAUAGUAAUCAAAAAAAAAAAAAAAAAAUUAAGAAUGUUCAUUUAUUUUAUUAUAAAAAUGUUAGUAUCAAAUUUUUACAAAAAUCAAAACUUUUCAAAACAUGUAUAACCAUACACUCUUCUGAAUACAAAUGUAUAUUAAAUUCUCAUCUAUAUCUUACCUUCCCAAUAAUCUGUAAAUAAAUUUAUGUAUAAAGAGGACAAAUAUUUGUAGUGUACUGUAUUAUGAUUUUACAUUUUUGUAACCAGAAAUAUUACUCUAAUAGAAAAACCAUAAGAGAUUUUUGUUGCAUUUUGAAUAUAUAUAUUGUCAUAAUAUAUAUAUUGUCACUCACAAAUAAAUAGUUUUAUUGAUUUUGCUUAUAUUUUCAUAAUAAUUGGGAAUAAACAAAAUAUGACACAUAUAUUGUUGUAAGCAAAAUUAUUAAUCAAAUUCUGCUCAGAAUAAUUUUUUCAUUAGAAAUAGUUAACUGUGAUGUAUAAAUGUAUAUUAAAUUUCCCCUUACUUUCAGAACUUCUCACUUACAACAGUGACCCACCCAUGGUGUGAAAAAUGUUCGUCUUGUUAUUGCGUAUAUUUUCUACCAAAAAUAUAAAAUAAAUAACUUAAUAACUUUAUGUAUCUUACUGUUUAAACUUCUUAUCUAAAACAGUGGUCCACCUGUGAUAGUGGAAAUAUGUCUGUCAUUUUAAUUAUCAUUUUAUCUUGUACAUAUUAAAUUUAUUUUUUGGUAAAUGAAGUUAACGGUCUGUUCAUUUUUUUUAAAUUUAUGUAUUCUGUACAAAUAUGAACUUAUUUUAAACCUUUAUUUUUAAAUUUUUCAAAUUUUUUUAAAUGACAUUGAUAUAUCAACUUUUCUAAAUUCAAAAAUAAUUCAAUGAGUAAUAUUUGAAUGAUAUGGUAACAUCAAUUAGUGGUAAUAUGUUUAAUAAAACAAAUUUCCUUAAAUUAGUUUUAUUGUUUAUUAAGAUAAUAUUUUAUUUUUUAUUUUAGAUGGAGUUUUAAAAAACAGUCAAGUGUUUGAUUAUGUUGAGCUUGUUGUUGAAGAUAAUCACUUAAUUGAACAAAAACGUUUCUCUGGUGAAAACACUGUUCGUAUUAAACUACUUUAUAUUUGUACAUUUUCAAUUUUAUCAUCUGUGUUAUUAUUAUAGGCUGGUAUGGUUGCUUGGAGAUUUACCUUAAAUACUCCAGAAUACCCAGCUGGUCGUGAUAUAAUUGUAAUUGCUAAUGAUCUGACAGUCAACAUUGGUUCAUUUGGGCCACAAGAAGACUUUGUGUUUGAUUUAGCUUCAAAGGAAGCAAGAAGAUUAAAAAUUCCCCGUAUUUAUAUAUCUGCUAACAGUGGAGCUCGUAUUGGUCUUGCAGAAGAAAUAAAGAAUCUAUUCAAUGUAGCAUGGGAAGAUCCAUCUGAUCCAGAAAAAGUAGACUAUUUUAGUUUUAUUAUUUAAUAUAUAUUAUUUGUUAUAGUUAUUAAUACAUUAAUAUAUUUUUAUUUAGGGUUUUAAAUAUUUAUACUUAACACCAGAUGACUUUUGUAAAUUAGUUGGUCAAAAUUCGGUUGAAACAGAAUUAAUUGAAGAUGAAGGUGAAAUCCGAUACAAGUUAACUGAUAUUAUUGGUUAGUUUACUGAUUAUAAAGUAAAUUAGUAUAAUCUUAUUUUACUAUUUAUUUAUUAAAAUUUGAAAACAGGAAAAGAAUUUGGAUAUGGAGUGGAGAACUUGAAAUUUGCCGGCAUGAUAGCGGGUGAAACAUCACGUGCUUACCAAGAUAUUGUUACUAUUUCAAUGGUAAGCUGCCGUGCUAUUGGUAUUGGAGCUUAUCUUGUAAGACUUGGGCAACGUGUUAUUCAAAUUGAGAAUUCUCACAUUAUCCUGACAGGAUAUAGUGCAUUGAACAAAGUAUGUUUUAAUUUUAAUUUAGAUGUUUCAGUAAUUUAUAUUUAAAUUUAAACACCAGCUAAUGUAUUAUAAUACUGUUUUUCUAGCUUCUUGGUCGUGAAGUGUAUGCAUCUAACAACCAGUUAGGUGGUAUUCAAAUUAUGUACAACAAUGGUGUAUCACACAAGACAGAGGCUAGAGACUUAGAUGGUGUUUAUAGGAUACUGAAGUGGCUUUCUUACAUUCCAAAGACUAAAGAAUCUCCAUUACCUGUGAUUAAAAGUGUAGACCCUGUAGAAAGAGAUAUAGACUAUGUACCAACUAAAAUUCCCUAUGAUCCUCGUUGGAUGAUUGCUGGAAAAGAAAACUCUAGUUAGUUUUUUCUACAAAAAUACAAUAUUAAUUAUAGUGUCAGUGUAAAUUUUAAUUUUACUCAUUCUUAUUUGAUUGUAUUAGAUGGUCAAUGGGAUUCAGGAUUUUUUGAUAAAGGAUCAUGGGACGAAAUAAUGCAACCCUGGGCACAGACUGUAGUGUGUGGAAGAGCUAGACUAGGAGGAAUUCCAGUUGGUGUUAUUGCUGUUGAAACAAGGACUGUAGAAGUCACUUUACCAGCAGAUCCUGCCAAUUUAGAUUCUGAAUCAAAAGUAAUUAAUUAUCUUACAGUUUUUUUUUUUUAUAGAUUACUACUUAAUAUAUUAAUACAUUGAACUAUUAUGUGUUACUUGCAUUAGACUGUGUCUCAAGCUGGACAAGUGUGGUUCCCAGAUUCUGCAUAUAAAACUUCCCAAGCCAUUAAAGAUUUUGCUCAUGAAGAAUUACCACUUUUUAUCUUUGCUAACUGGAGAGGUUUUUCUGGUGGAAUGAAAGGUACCUAUCACAAUUUGUAUUAUUAUAAUAAAUUAAAUUUAUAUUUUAUUGAAUAAAUAAUUACAUUUCUUAUUUUAAUACAAUUUAAUUAUCUAAUAUUAGUUUACACAACAUGAAUUGUUUUCUGUCUGACAGAUAUGUAUGAACAAAUUAUGAAAUUUGGUGCAUAUAUUGUUGAUGAAUUAAGACAGUAUAAUCAGCCAAUUAUGACGUACAUCCCACCAUUUGGUGAAUUGCGAGGAGGUGCAUGGGCUGUUGUGGAUACUACUAUCAAUCCAAGACAUAUUGAAAUGUAUGCAGAUCCAGAUAGCAGGUAUAAUUCACAUGACUUCUUAUUUUAUAAGGUUUUGCCUUUAAUAACCACAAGACCAAAUUAUUGUUAUUUAAUUAUAUAUAUAUAUUAUAUUAUAAUUAUAUUUAUGAUUGUUAUCUUUUUAUUAAACAGUACAUUUGGUAACAGAUUUACUUAUUCUAAAAAACUAAUAUAAUAAAUGUACUCUCUUCUAUAUUAUUCUCCCUACUUAUAAACUCGACUGUCUCGAGACUACAUAAUUCUAAAAUUCUCAUCUCUGCUGAUGACAUGAAACAUAAAAUUAAUCUCUGACUGUCAGCUUCUCCAAUAUGACCUUCAGCAUUUAGUGUCAUGAGGUGAAUCCCAAGGCCUUGUCUUAAAUAUAUCAAAGUGCUCAGUUAUGACAUUCUGUCAUACCAAUUCUGCAGUCAAGUAUACUUAUUCUGUCAGUAAUAUAUCCUUGCCAAUUGAAAAUAACUAUAAAAGACUUACAAGACAUACUAUAUGCCCUAAUAUGCAUAUCCAAAUAAUCUUCUGUAAAGCUUUCAAACUAUUGAGUUUCAUUAAUUGGGUAUUUACAAAUUUUCUGUGGUCACUCCUUUAAAAACUUUUUUUUGUUCCUUAGUGCAUCCUAUUCUUGAAUAUGGCUCUUUGCUCUGGCACCCUUCCAUUGCUACAUCUCAGUACAUGAUAGAAAAGGUCUAAAAAAAAUUCCUUUGUCAUGCUGCCUUUAAACUGCAUAUACCAUUUCCCUCCAUGAUUAUACUCCUGCCCAAUGCUUUUUAUCCAUGGAUAGUCUCUCUGUCUCUGCAUGCAUCUUACCUAUCUUACUUUCUUUCCUCUAAAAUGUAUUGCCUCAGCUUCUAUCCUGCGUAUGCAUUCAUUAGUCCCAUUCCAUAUCUCUUUAUCUUCAUCUAAUUAUCUAUCUUAUGCACACAGCUAAUAUCAAUCCUUCUUUUUGAUUUAACUUUUUAAUUAUCUUUUAUCACAUUAAAUUAAUUAAUUUAUAUAUUUGUUGUAUAGCAAUUUUAUUGUGUAAAUACUAAGUAUGUACACGGUAUUCUGAGCUAGUCCCGUAAUAGUAAAAUAAAAUAUGUUUCAAUUAAUAUUUUUAUUUACAUCUAUACAAAUAUCAUAAUAUUUAAUAUUUGUUAACAGAGGUGGUGUUUUAGAACCUGAAGGAAUUGUUGAAAUAAAAUUCCGUGAAAAAGAUAUCUUAAAGUCCAUCCAUAGAAUCGAUACAGAUAUUUUGAGUCUCAAAGCUAAUUCCACUCCAACUCCAGAAGAAGCAAUUGAAAUUGAAAAGAAUGUAGCAGAAAGAAUAUCUGUCUUAAAACCUAUUUAUCAUCAAGUAGCAGUACAUUUUGCUGACUUGCACGAUACACCCAAGUGCAUGCUGAGUAAGGGUGUUAUUAAAGAUAUUGUUCAGUGGAAGAAAUCUCGUAAUACAUUAUACUGGCGAUUAAAACGCCGUUUGUUACAAAAUCAAAUUCAAAAAGUCAUAACUAAAUCAAAUGAUUCCAUACCAGAUGAUGUAGCUUAUGAAAUGUUAAGAAGGUGGUUUGUAGAAGACAAAGGCACCACUGCAGUAAGUAUUAUAAUCCAAACAAAAUGAUUUUUAUGUAUACUAAAUAAUAAAACAAGUAUUUAAUCACAAUAAGAUUUAAAUAAGUCAUUUUGAUUAAAGGUUAUUAUAUGACAUAUUACAUCUUAUUGCAUUAUACUUUUUUUCAUAUAAACUGGUAUUCUCAAUUUACAAACUAUUUUGUUACACUUAAAUGUGUAUAAUUUAUUUUAUAUUGUAGUCAUACCUGUGGGAUAACAAUCAAGCCGUUGUACAGUGGCUGUCCUGUCAAUUAGAUGAAGUUGAUGGCUCUGUUUUAGUUGAUUCCUUAAUUGGUAGCAACAUUAAGAGUGUGAGAAAAGAUGCAGUUAUUAACCAAGUUACAUCUACAAUUAGCGUAAGCAUAAUUUUUGUUCAACUUUUAUGCUUAGUACAUUACACUGCUUAUUAUAUAUAAUAACUAUAUUUUGUAUACAUUGUUUUUUUUCAAUUAAUAUUAUUUAAAUAUAGGAUACUCCUGAAGUUACAUCAGAUUUAAUCAUGGGUAUGUUCCAAAAUUUAUCAGAAAUGCAACGCCUCGACUUGAUUCAUAAUUUAACCCAGGCAACAUUGGACAUUUAAAUAGUUGAUUAUUUUAAUUAUAAACAGUUAUUGUUGUUUAUUUAAAAAUAUAUACAUAUAUAUAUAUAUAUAUUAUUUUAAAAUAUAUUAGUUAUUCCUGUACAUUGCUGAAAAACUAAAUUAAUAUUGUUAAUUGUCAUAUUUCACAAAAUAACUUUAUAUAUUAUUAAUCUAAUUGGUAUUAAAUUUUAAACUGUAUUUAAAUUUUAUUUUGAACAAAUAAUUCUGGCAGUUAUAUAGUGUAUAGUUUAUAUAUAUGAUAUAAUAUUAUAGUCUCCUAUGUUUUUCUGUUUUGAUGGAACAUUUUGAAUCUUAAAAUAUUUAUAGCUAGAAAUUUGAUUAAUGAAGGGUAUAUUUUUAUGAAUGGUUAUUGGAUAUUGACAUUAUUGUCUGAGCAUAAUGUAAAUAUUUAUUGUUUACCAUGUUAAACCUUUCGUUAGGAAAUAAAAAUAAAA